UCUGCAAAAAGAAACACAGCCAUUUUUAGAUUCUCUCACAAACAAAGCACAGAAAAUCUGGUUAUAUUCUUACAAGGAGGUGGAUUCAGAACUGAUUUGGAUUACAAAUAACUUACAAUAAAGGAAUCACUUCGAAAAAAACAGAGAUGAAAACACAAGAUUCGCAGAAAAACAAAGGUGUCAGAUGGCAAGUAAUAUUUUCCUUCUUAUUUUCAUGGCUUUGUCAUUCAGUCUCUGGUGAGCUUCAUUAUUCUAUUGCUGAAGAAAUGAGAAAAGACUCUGUUAUAACUAAUAUUGCUAAAGACCUUGAAUUAGAUAUUAAGCAGCUCUCACUUAGAAAAUUUCGGAUUGUUUCUCAUGUUUCUGAGAAAUAUUUUUUAGUAAAUUUACAAAAUGGGAAUUUAUGCAUUAAAAACAGAAUUGAUAGAGAGUCACUGUGUGGAAGAGCAGCUCACUGCUUGCUAAAGUUUGAUGCAGUGGUUGAAAACCCCUUAAAUGUUACCCCUGUCACCAUUGAAAUUCAGGAUAUAAAUGAUAAUUCUCCAAUAUUUUAUCAUGAAUCCAUUUCAUUUGAAAUCGUUGAAACUAGCUCACCAGGAACACAUUUUAUUUUACAAAAUGCUGAAGAUCCAGACAUUGGCACUAAUUCUGUACAAACAUACAAGCUCAGUGAUAAUCAGCAUUUUACACUGAGUGAAAAGACCAGCACUGAUGGCAGUAAAAUUCCAGAACUUGUUUUAGAGAAACCUCUAGAUCGGGAGACACAAAGCAUUUAUGAAUUAAUUCUAACAGCACUGGAUGGAGGAAAUCCCAUUAGAUCUUGCAGUGUUCUUGUAAAAAUUGUAAUUGCUGAUGUCAAUGACAAUUUCCCUGUAUUUUCUCAGGAACUCUAUAAAGUGAGUAUAAGUGAAAAUAUUCCAGUUAACUUUACCCUGCUCCAUGUCAUUGCAACUGAUCAAGAUGAAGGUUAUAAUGCACAUCUCACAUAUUCUUUUAGAAAAACAUCUGACAAUGAAAUUUCUACUGCUAUGUUUAAAAUAAAUGCUACAAGUGGAGAAAUUAAAACGAACGGAAAAUUGGACUUUGAAGAUGUACAAAAUUAUGAACUAUCUAUACAAGCUAAGGAUGGUGGAGGGCUUGUGGCCCAUUCUAAGGUCUUAGUAGAAAUAAUAGAUGAAAAUGAUAAUGCCCCAGAGAUAUCCAUUUCCUCAUUAAAUACUCCCUUUCCUGAGGAUUCCAUGCCAGGAGCACUUAUAGCACUUAUUAUUGUUCAUGAUAAAGAUUCAGGAGAAAAUGGAGAAGUUGAAUGCCUUAUCACCGAGAAACUUCCUUUUCAGUUAAUAUUGUCAUCUAGCAAAUAUUACAAAAUUGUUUCAACAAACGCCAUGGACAGAGAGAAAGAAUCAUUUUAUAAUAUCACUGUUCAAGCAUCUGAUAGGGGAUCUCCUCCAUUUUUUACUACAAGAAUGAUCAGGUUGGAUAUAUCAGAUGUUAAUGACAAUUCUCCAAUAUUUCCAAAGUUAAUUUAUGUUGCAUAUGUACCAGAAAACAACUUACCAGGAGCCUCUAUUUUCAGUAUAAAUGCUUUGGAUUAUGACAUUGAAGAGAAUGCCAAGAUCAUUUAUUCAAUUUCCAGCACAAAUUCAGAAGAUAUCCCAGUGUCCUCUUAUCUUUCCAUUAAUAUAGAGACUGGAGUUCUCUAUGCUCAGCGAUCAUUUGAUUAUGAGCAACAAAAAGAGUUUCAAAUCCAAGUAACUGCUAAAGACAAUGGAUCCCCAUCACUGAGUAGUAAUACAACAUUAAUUAUACACAUAGUAGAUCAGAAUGAUAAUUCACCAAAAAUCUUGUAUCCAUCACCAGAAAAUGAUGGCAUUGGUUUGUUCGAGUUGGUUCCCUUUGCCUCUGUGGAAGGUUCUUUAAUAACUAAGGUUGUUGCAGUGGAUGCUGACUCAGGACAUAAUUCUUGGCUCUCUUAUCAUUUAAUGCAAGUGUCAGAACCAUCUCCCUUCAGCAUUAGCCAACACACUGGAGAAAUAAGGACAUCACAUGUCUUUGAACAGAAAGAUGUUCUUAAAUAUAAGCUGGUAUUUGCGGUGAAAGACAAUGGAGUCCCCUCACUGACAGCAACAACAACUCUAAGUGUUAUUAUUGCAGAUUCUUUCCAACAAGUGGCUCCCAAAUUUACUAGGCAACUCAAUGAUGAAGACUCUCUGCCUAACUUACAAAUGUAUUUAGUAAUUGCUUUAGCACUGAUUUCAUUUUUAUUUAUUUUAAGUGUUAUGUUAGUUAUCAUAUCAAAAUGUAAGCAAGCAAAAUCCCCUCCAGUCUUUGGAUCUUUCAGUACCAAUCUUUAUUCUCAAGUGGACCCUAGAAUGCUUUCUCAAUAUAACAAUGGAACUUUGACUUAUCCAUAUCCAUAUAAUGUGUGUGUGGCUUGGGAUUCAAGUGAAAGUGAAUUUACUUUUACAAAACCAAAGCAGGAUGUUCCUACAGACAACCUUAUGGAUGCCGAUGACUCAGGACUAGGAAAUGAAAAUUUGACUGAACCCUUAACUUCUUAUAGUCUUGAGAAGGUGAGUCAUUAUUAUUGGACCUAAAACAAUAGAGAUUGAUAUCAUACCUAUCCGGAUUUUUUAACCUGUUGUUUCUACACAACAUACGAUAUUUCUAAUAGAUUUAGAUCAUUUUUACCCCUUAGAGGAACAAUAUAGUCACCUAAAUUACUUUAGCUAAAUAAAGCAGUUUUAGUGUAUAGAUCAUUCCCCUGAAAUUUCAAUGCUCAAUUCACUGUCAUUUAGGAGUUAAAUCACUUUGUUUCUGUUUAUGCAGCCCUAGCCAAAUUAAAUAAUUGUAUCUCAAUCUCUAAAUUUUACUUUAAUCACAUAAAGGAGGCUCUUGCCGAGUUUAGCAAGCUAUUAACAUAGCGGGUGAUAAGAAAAUCUUAAUUAAACAGAACUUGCAAUAAAGAAAGCCUGAAAAGGGCUCUCUUUACAGGAAGUGUUUAUGGAAGGCUGUGCAAGUCACAUGCAGGGAGGUGUAACUAGGGUUCAUAAACAAAGGGAUUUAACUCCUAAAUGGCAGAGGAUUGAGCAGUGAGGCUGCAGGGGCAUGUUCUAUACACCAAAACUGCUUCAUUAAGCUAAAGUUGUUCAGGUGACUAUAGUGUCCCUUUAAGGACACAUGACAUGUGUGACAUGUCAUGAUUCACUUUUAUUCCAGAAGUUUGGUCCUUAAGGGGUUAAAUACAUAUGGUAAGGAGGCAUUGCAAAACAUCUCUUAAUGAUAGUUAGGGAUAUAAAAAAUAAAAACACUGUUAGAAGCAUAUGAUUCUAGCAGCCUAUAAGAACCUGGAAUUUUCUGAGCUGAGUUCAUUAGAUUUUAGCAAACAUGGAGGUGCAUAUAUUAUUUUCAAUACCUUAUUAUGGGCUCAAUUUAUUCUAUUUUGAUAAGCUUUUCAAAGUAUUUAAUAUUUUUGGGUACUCCUUUUAAAAUGAUUUAAUAUUUCGGAAAAAAAUUAAUAUUGUAAUAUUCUGGAUUUUGUUUUAUAUAUUUGUAAAUUUUUUACAUAUGAUUUUUUUUUAUCUUUAAAUAUGUUAACUUUUUUAAUAAAAGGUUUAUUGAAAAAUACUAAAUCUUUUUUAGCCUUAGUUUGAGGAAUAAACUCCAAAGCUUUCUAUUGUUGUGAAAAGUUAAUUUGUAAAGUAAUGCGUUCAUUGGUGACUGAUUCAAUUAAACACAAGUUUGUACAUAUCAAUUUUCUAAAUAAAAGUAACAGGCACACAAUUGGUAGUAAUUAUUACUUAACAAAAAAAGAAAAUUCCUCUUUUAAAGUAUAUAUUCUUUUAUAACUGAAAAUAAAUUAAUGUUACCUACACAUACCUGGAAAACCUGUAGAGCUAUGGAGCCCCUCAUACCAUUGGAUAUUGUCAUGAUAAAUAUAUAUUAAAAUCUUCUACUAAGAGACUACACUGUAGAAAGAUAAGUCUGCAGGUCGGCAAAAUAAGUAAAGCCAUUAAUUGCAUUCGAAGUUACACCACCAUGCCUCGAUGAAAACAUGAAACAUUUAAAGGAAAAUUCUAUUGUUAAAAAUAUACUUCUAAAAAAUUUUCAAAAUAUACUUCUAACCUUAAUGCGUUCUUUUAGAUUUUUACAUUAGGGGCUCUACCUAUUUAAAAUGAAAAAAGGGCAAAUAAUUAUUUAAAAUUAACUGUAUUCCAGCACUGAGACAGUCUUCUCUGAGUAGAUGCUACGCCCAUGGUUAGAUAAUCCUGAUUGAUGAUCCUAAUGCAGUUCAAUGUUUCUCAUAGAAAUGAAAAGGAAACUAUUGCACAUACAUCUGCCAUUGCAGCACUCCACCAAUUUGAUGCCUCUCAUAGCGAAAUACUGAAUCCAAUGCUUAUCUAUGAGCUACAUUCACAGCAUUUAUCUUCAACAUGAUGGGCCUGAUGAUGCAGAACAUGAAGUUAUUUGAUUUGUUUUUAAGAUCUCCAAUAAGGAAUUUAUAAGAGUUUUACCACUAGAAGCAUCUUUAAGACCACGUAUAAACAUUUCUAUGAGAUCACAAAGCUAUGCACCACCAAACUGUAGGGACAGGCUCUAUGUACUAAAACCACUCUUCCUUUAAACCAAUUGUCAAUUACUUUUCUACAACAAAUGUUAUAAAUGUUUUAGUUUUGCUUUAUUGUGGCAUAACAUGUUCAUCUUUUAAAACUACAAAACGUACCUUUUCUGUUUUACCUAUUUUUGCGAUGUAGUAGAGUACAUGUGGUAGUAGUGUAUAUGUAUUAUAUAUAAUAUUAGAUAUUAUAUGUAUUCUUUAAAUAAUUAUUACAAAUAAUUUCUUGCUCUAAUUAUAGCUGUUUUAUUUAAUGAGGAAUCCUUUCAUUUAGAUAUAUUGUCAUUUUUAAAAGUAUGCAAAGUUAAAGGGAUACUAUCAGCACCAAAACAAGGUUAGCUUAAUGAAGCAGUUUUAAUGUAUAGAUUGUGCCCCUGUAGUUUCAUUGCUUAGUUUUCUGCCAGGAGAGAAGUUAAAUCAACUUUGUUUCUGUUUAUGCAACCAUAUCCACACCUCCUCUGGCUGUGACUCACACAGCCUUCGUGGAAAAAUGGUUCCAGAUGUUACUUACUUUAGAAGUUUUUAUUUCCUGCUAUGUUGAUUGAAUUUUAAUCACACAUAGGAGGCUCAUGAGGGGUUUAGUAGGUCAUUAACAGAGCAGUAGAUACUAAAUUAUAACUUCAACAGACUGUGCGAUAAAGAGAGUCUAAACAUUAGAUAUCUCUUUACAGGAAGUGUAAUUUCUCUUAACUCUUACAUGUAAGAGAACUGAGUUGUGAGACUGCAUCAAUACUUAAAGCAAUAUAAAGUAAUAUUACUGAAAAGUAUGAAAGGUUUUGUUCCAGGUUGUUUUCAUUUUAAAGUUAGUGUACAGCAAAACAUUAUUAUUUUAAUACAACAUUUGUUAUAAUAAAUGUAACUUUAUUUGCCAUUACCAACUCAGUGGGACUUAUGAAAGCUUGGAUAGUGUUUCCAUUCAUAUUUUUUUCAUGUCUGAACCCACUGCCAAUUCCUUAAUGAAAUAUCACAAAAGCUUCUGUUUGAUUUUCUUGGUGAACCUGUGGAUAUAGUUGGAGGGAGAAAACCGGAAAGUUGGUCCAUUAAGAAAUUUCCUAUUUAAAAAAAAAAAAAAAUUUUCUAGGAGUAACAUUUUAUUUAUUUUAAAUUGUUUACAUAAUUAAUACAAAAGUAGAGAUGAGCUAUAGUUCAGAGUGAAGUUUAAAGAAAAUAUUCAUUUUUAUUUAGUUAUUUAUUUUAAUCUUUUUUUGUUUUUUCAGUAUUCAAUUGCAUAGACCCACUCCAUUUAGAUUGGAGUAAAAUAUAGAUGUAGAUUCAUAUAGGAUGCAUUGCUAAGCAUAGUGUCCUUAUCUUCUACCUAUCCCUACACUUUAUGCACUCUGCAGUUGAAAUCCUGAGCAAACCUAUGUUUGUAAGGUUAUUGGGCGAUUGGAUUUAUACAAUCUAGAGGUAGAGAUUUUUGCAGUGUAAGACUGGGAACAUCCAUGUCCUCACCACAAUUCACUAUAUUAUUCACUUAUAAAUAAAUAAGACUAACCAUUCCUACUUUCCCAAAGGGUAAUAUUUAGUUCCCUCCACCCUCUCUUGAUUAACGUUUAGAAGUGUGGACUUGGUAGUGUACAAAAUAGCUAUGAUUAUUAGAAUUCUUUACACAAAUCCUUAUAUUUGUCCCAUAAUGACAUUGUAUGUCAAAUUAAUAGAACAUUGAUAAAACAAUCAAAUCUCAAUACCAAACUCUAUAUCUAUAUAAAAGAUUAGCAAAAAAAACCAUGAUAUUCAUUUGUGAUUGAUAGACAUAUCAGAAAUACAUUGCAUAACAGUAUUUCCAUAAAUUAAACACAUUAUGCAAGGAUGCUAUACUUUAUAAAUAUCUUAUUUAGUGGCAAAUAUUCCUUCAAUUUUUUGUCUUGUUCAUUUAACCUUAUUGUAAGUAUAUAAGUUAUAGCCUUACUAUAACAAAAGCAAAUAAAUAGGGAAAAAAAUUAAAUUAAAAACAUCAGACACUAUCUAAUUAAUUAAUAACAUGCUUAUUUGUGCCUAUAUAUUAAUGGCUCUAAAUAAUUGGCCCUAAUCAAUCUUUUGCAAGAAUGAUUAGGAAGACUUUCUAGUUUAUCCUUUUAUGACUAUACUGUGGAUUUCAUUAUACAUGUGAUGGAAAUCAUUGUAUUGUUUCAUAUUAUAGAUAAAAAACAUUAUUCACUUUGCAUUUUACUUAACUGAACAAAGUCUACAUUACAUCUAUUCUAUAUCUUAAAUAUAUAUAUAUGACUACAUAGAAAACCUUCUCGGUCGUGCAGUUCCACAUUUAUACCUCUGAGCGCCGCUGUUUGACCAAUAAGGAGAAGAAUACAGAGCUGGAGAUCCACUGAUAUUUCCAUCACUAACACACACUGCAGAUCUGCAAGAAGGAAUGCAGCCAUUUUUGCACUCUGCUACAGACAGAGCACAUAAUCUUUGGUUAUUCCACGGUAAAGAAGUAAAUUUAGCACUGGAUAUUGUUUCAACUGGAUUUACCUUUGCAAGAGAUAAUAUCACUUUGAAGAUACCAAAAAUGAAACUCCAGGAUAAACAAAAACACAAAGGAAUCAAUUGGCAAGUAAUAUUUUCCUUCUUAUUUUCAUGGAUUUGUCAUUCAGUAUCUGCCCAGCUUCAUUAUUCCAUUGAUGAAGAAAUUAGAAAAGACUCUGUUAUUGCUAAUAUUGCAAAAGACCUUGAUUUAGAUAUUAAGCAGCUCUCACUUAGAAAAUUUCGUAUUGUUUCCCAUGUUUCUGAGAAAUAUUUUUUUGCUAAUUUACAAAAUGGAAAUUUAUAUGUUAAAGACAGGAUAGAUAGAGAGACAUUGUGUGGGACAGCAGCUACCUGCUUACUAACCUUUGAUGCAGUGAUUGAAAAUACUUUAAAUGUUUUUCCUGUCACCAUUGAAAUUCAGGAUAUAAAUGAUAAUUCUCCAAAAUUUUAUCAUGAAACCAUUUCAUUUGAAAUUGUUGAAACUAGCUCACCGGGAACACAUUUUAUUUUGCAAAAUGCAGAAGAUCCAGAUAUUGGGAUUAAUUCUGUACAAACAUACAAGCUCAGUCAUAAUCAGCAUUUUACACUGAGUGAAAAGACCAGCACUGAUGGAAGUGUGUCUCCAGAACUUGUGCUAGAGAAACCUUUAGAUCGGGAGACACAAAAUAUUCAUGAAUUAAUUUUAACCGCACUGGAUGGCGGGAAUCCCAUUAGAUCUGGAACUGCACUAAUCAGGAUUAUUGUUACUGAUGGAAAUGAUAAUUUUCCUAUAUUUACAGAAGAGGUUUAUAAAGUAAGUGUAAGUGAAAAUACUCCAGCUAACUAUACUCUGCUUCAUGUCACUGCAACUGAUCAAGAUGAAGGUUCUAAUGCACAGAUCACAUAUUCCUUUAGAAAAACAUCUGGAAAUGAGCUUUCUACUGCAAUGUUUAGCAUUAAUUCUACAAAUGGUGAAAUAAAAACAAAUCAAAAAUUGGAUUUUGAAACAGUAAGAAAUUAUGAAAUGUCUAUACAAGCAAAAGAUGGUGGUGGGCUAUUGGCCCAUUCCAAGGUCUUAGUAGAAAUAAUAGAUGAAAAUGAUAAUGCACCUGAUAUUUCCAUUACCUCAUUAAAUUCUCCUAUUCCUGAGGAUUCCCCACCAGGCACAAUGAUUGUGCUGAUUAAAGUUCAUGAUCAAGAUUCAGAUGAAAAUGGAGAAGUUGACUGUCAAAUCGUAGGGAAUAUUCCAUUUCAGUUUAUAUUGUCAACAAGUAAAUACUUCAAAAUUGUUACAACAAAAGUCAUGGACAGAGAAAAAGAAUCAUUUUAUAAUAUCACAGUUAAAGCAUCUGAUAGGGGAUCUCCUCCACUUUCCACUAUCAGAACUAUCAGGUUGGAUAUAUCAGACAUUAAUGACAAUCCUCCAGUAUUUACAAAAUCUACUUAUGUUGCAUAUGUACCAGAAAACAAUUUACCAGGGGCCUCAAUUUACAGUAUACAUGCCUUGGAUUUUGACAUUGAAGAAAAUGCCAAGAUUAUUUAUUCACUUUCCAGCACAUACACUGAAGAUAUCCCAGUAUCUUCUUAUCUUUCCAUUAAUGUAGAGACUGGAGUUCUCUAUGCUCAGCGAUCAUUUGAUUAUGAGCAGCACAAAGAGUUUCAACUCCAAAUAACUGCUAAAGACAAUGGAUCUCCAUCUCUGAGCAGUAAUACAACAUUAAUUAUUCAUAUAGUCGAUCAAAAUGAUAAUUCACCAAGGAUUUUAUACCCAUCAACAGAAAACGAUGGUUCAACUACAUUUGAGAUUGUUUCAUUUAAUUCUGAAGAAGGUUCUUUAAUAACUAAGGUGGUUGCCGUAGAUGCUGACUCAGGACAUAAUGCUUGGCUCUCUUAUCAUUUCAUGCAAGUGUCAGAACCUUCUCCCUUCAGCAUUAUUCAGCACACAGGAGAAAUAAGGACAUUGCGUGUCUUUGAAAAGAAAGACGUUCUUAAGUAUAAGCUGGUAGUUAUUGUGAAAGACAAUGGAGUCCCCUCACUGACAGCAACAACAACUUUAAGUAUAAUUGUUGCAGAUUCUUUCCAACAAGUGGUUCCCAAAUUCACUAGUGAACUUAGUGAUGAUGAUUCUCCACCUAACUUACAAAUGUAUUUAGUGAUUGCUUUAGCACUGAUUUCAUUUUUAUUUAUUUUAAGUGUUAUGUUAGUUAUCAUUUCCAAAUGUAAGCAAUCAAAAUCCCCUUCAACCUUUGGAUCUCUCAGUACCAAUCUGUAUUCUCAAGUAGAUCCCAGAUUUCUUUCCCAAUAUAACAAUGGAACUUUACCUCUGCCAUACUCAUAUAAUGUAUGUGUGGCUUUGGAUUCAAGUGAAAGUGACUUUACUUUUAUAAAACCGAAGCAAGAUGUCCCCACAGACAAUCUUAUCGAUGCUGAUGAUUCAGGACUAGGAAAUGAAAAUGAGGCAGAAACGAUGUCCUCUAAUAAUCUAGUGAAGGUGAGUGGUAAUUUUUAGGAGUAAAAUAAUAAAACCUGAUAUUUUGAUUUCUCUGCUUUGCUGUUCUUAUGAUGUAUUCAGUGUAAUACCUGUUUAUUUACACAGCAAACGUAAUUUUGUUUAAAAAAAAGAAAACUCUCCAUAAAGAAAUUUUAAUACUAUAUUUCACAGAGAUCUCAGGUGGUAGCAAUUGUAUGUACCACUUUCUGGGACCUCUGAAUUGACAAUAAACAUGAACAUACCAAGACACAGGUACUUAACCAAUAUCUAUAGAAAUAUCAUAUUCAACAAAAUAAAAAAACAAUCUGCUUAAUUUUAGGACAUAUAAUUUAUUGCCCACAUUCUAGUCAUUGAUUUAAGGAUGUAGUCUUUAGAUUGAUAGCUGUAUUGUAAAAACAAUCUAAUAUUAACUAUUUAUAGUAAAUAGCCAAAGAAAAAUUACUGAAAAACAUGCAACUUCUUAUUUCAGGUUAUUUUUCCUUUUAGAUAUAAUGUUAAUUUUGAACUACGUUUUGCAUACAAGGAAGUUAAUUGUGUUGACCCAACACCCCUCACACGUACUCAGUGUCACAGUAGAUAUCUAUACUUCUCAUUACCCACACAAUCACCUGAAUGGUUGGUACACAAACAGGUAACAAACAGGUAGGCUACAAAGGUCGGCAACAAAACGCAAAUUGUAAGUCGCACUCACCAAACCUAAUAUCUGGUGAUUUGGAGAAUCUCACCAUUUCUGCUAAUGUGGCAAGCAAUUAUGUUUAACUAUAAUUAGUUUUCCAAUCUUUAGCAAUAAUUAUGCAUUUUGUUAAGAAAAUAAACGGGAGGCAUGUAGUGUCCUGUCUUGUUUUUUCUUGUUUUAUCCUUUAGGAAUCAUGCUAGUGAUUAUAAUUGUGCUUAUAGAAAGUAACUCAACUUUUUGUAAAUGUUUUAAUUUACUACCAGCUAUUACCUGUUUGAACCUAGACAGCUCAUGAUCUACUGUAACUUUUGAACCUGUUACGCUUUCUUUACAUGUGAUAAUCAGAUCAUAGGUGCUGAUUUACUAUUUAUAACAUAAUAUUUAGUAUAUUGUAGUGUAUACACAGUGAAAUUGCAUUUAUACCAUGUGUUACAUAUGAUUCUUUAGACAAUAACUCAUUGCAACACAGAUAACUUUGAUUUUGGUAAUUAGUUUUCAGAUUUCUGUGUGUUUUAACUUGAUUUGCAAUAUUUACAUAGCAAAUAAGCUAUCAACUAUAUUACUGAGGCAGCAUUAAACCAUACCUCCUAACAUUGGGAGAUAAGUAAUCAGGACAGGUGGGUGGGCCUUCUAGGAGGUGGCACUAGUGAUAAAACUUGUGCUUCUAUCGACAUCUACAAUAGAUGGGCCUACAUGUCAGCCUGGUGCCAAGCAUGCCAGGAUGUCAGAAAACCUCCUGACCAGCCUUCUACUUGUAAGACCAUGCAAAGAGUGCUAGUGAAGCACUUUCUGCAUACAGCUCAGUGCAAGCAUGCCUAAUAAUGCACUUGCACUGUGCUGCUCAAGGACAGUUCCUUGGUAUCUCUGGAUGCAGGAAACCAGGGAAGUAUUUUGGAUGGUGGAACAUGACCCUGAAAUUGGGACUGUCCCUCUGAAAACAGGGCUGUUAGUAGCCCUGCUAAACUAAAUAACAUCAAACCACCUUUAAGUAUUGUGCAUUCCUAUACACAAUGACCGGAUAAGGCUAACAAGCACAAUAUAUAUGUCACACAACCUUGGAGAUGUCUGAUCAGCAGCAGAGCAGAAAGCAGCGAGAACUGGACCUAAGAGUUGCACAUUGUAAACCUGAGUAGGUUUGUCUCUAUAAAGAAAAGGCAUAUGGUAAGGAAGGUGGCAAUUCAUGAUAUAAACUAAGGCUGGUCAGAUACAUGUGCUUUAACCCCUUAAGGACACGUGACAUGUCAUGAUUCCCUUUUAUUCCAGAAGUUUGGUCCUUAAGGGGUUAAAAUAUAGGAAAGUAUUAACAGCAAUGUCAUCACAAGCAGGCAUAGGAUUUAGAAUGUAAAUGUUUCUUAUCAUGUCAAGCUAAUAAAUACAAAUUGGUGUCACAUUUAAUGUAUUUUGAUGCGAGUGUAUAAAUUCACCUGGAGAUCUUUCUCCACUAGUAUAGCAAACUAGAUAUAGACACUAGCAGAAAUCAUUUUGGCAUAUUUUUUCUCUGAUGAGUAAGUUUUCACAUGCCAAGCUCUAGUAAACCAAGCCCUAAAUAUUUAACCUAAAACAGGCACCCUUUUAUUUAAUGUGAGUGUGCCUUGUUCUAAUUAUAUAUUAACCAAAUCCCAGUUUAUUGCAACAUAUUUCAGUUGUUAUUUAUGUAUCCUGUGAGAAUAUAUCAUUUCUAAUUCAGAAUGGUAUGAUGGUAGAUCGUUACAUUAUUGUUUAAAUCCCUUUACAAGUGCAAGUGUAUGUUAUCAAAAAAUUUGUAAUUAAAUAUGCAAAUCAGAAAUAUGAAAAAAAACUAUUUUUUAUGUACUUUGUAAAGAAAAUAUAUGGGACUCAUGCAGAGUACCCUGUAAUAUUAUAUCCUGUUUUAACCUUCAGGAAUCAUACUAGUGACUAUAUUUAUGUUCCUGUGAUAAUUAGUAGAGAAAAUGUUAGAUACAGCAGAAACUAAUGUAAUUUUACACUUUACUACGAGCUCUGAUAUGUUUGAACCUAGUCGGUUAUCCAGAUUUAACUACUUUGACAAUUGAACCUGUGAUACUUUCUUGGUAUGUGCUUAUCAGAUCAUAGUUCCUGAUUUACUAUUUACUAUUGUUUAUGUUUUUCUGGCAUGUUUACACUAAAUAUGUAGAACAUAUUACAAUUGUAAAGAAUGCUAAAUGCUUUUUGACUUCAUUAAUGAGAAAAAAGAUUAAAAUAUUCCUGAUAUUCAGAAGUUAACCAGUUAAGCUAUACCUUUGCUUGAUGCCAAGCUCGGAAGUGCUCAGCUCGAGAUGCUCGAUAGCAAACAUAGUACUUUCAGUUUAAUUCAGUUGAAGGAUGAAAAACAUUGCAUGUUAAUUUAACACAAAGCUGACAAAAUGGGCAAAUAUCAAUACCUCGCUUUGUUUCUAGAGUAUUUUUUUACAUGACAUUUAAAUUUACUGACAUUUUUAAAUGUCAGGAAAUAAUGUUCUGUAAACGUGUCUAUAUUUAAUGACUGUAUUAUAUCAGGUUUUUGAAAUUCCAUUAUUAUGUUACCUGGAACUCUCUUUACCUUUGGUUUCAAUUUUAUUGUGUGUGAGUGUGGACAUAUAAAGGGGAAAGCUAAAGCAAAAAUGCAAUGUGUUGUGUAAAUUUGAAAAUUUUGCCAAAAUAAAAUGAAAAAAAUUGCUAGUGGCAUGUAUACUUUAUAUAUAUAUAUAUAUUGUAUAUAUUUCUUUAAGCUGUAGUCAGUACCUUAUAGAACAUAGUGUUUGGUGAAAAUAGAGUGUUGUUUUUGCUUGAGAGCAGAUACUUAAACAUUUCCAAUUAGAACUAUGGAUUCUUAUUGGUUUUAUAAGCACAGUACAGUAUAUAACAUUUAACCAGUAUGACACUUAGAAAAGAACAUAUACAAUAUUUUGUUAGUUUUGUCAGAAAUAUCAGUUAACUCCAAAGUUGAAGUCUAAUAUUACAUAACAACGUAGUCAUAAGGGAAGAAAAAGAAGAAGAACAAAAUGAGAAAAGCAUUAUCUAUUAUUAUUUAUUAUUAAUGUAUAAAUGUGGCUAGAGGAGAAUAAAGUAGAUGAGACUCCUCAUGAGUAAAGAAGUAAAGAGAACCUUUAUUUUUUGCUUAUUUAAAGUUAACAUGCCUUAAACCAUUGUCAGUUUUUUUUUAAAAAAAACACAAAGAGUUUUUGGACAUAUGCACCAUACAUAGCGCCUUUCAAUGAAGAGGUACAAGUUUACCCCAAUCAAUGGGGCAUCUCCUUCAUCUAUGAAGCAUAUGCUCUGGCCCCACAGUUCAAUCAACAGGAAGUCAUCUUUAUAUUUUUGAAGCUUCAACCGUGUAUUGUUAAAAAAGAGCCACUAUUAACCUAGUAACUAGGUAAAUAUACUUUGCAAGUCUCAUGUUCCAUGACAAAUAUGAAGUAUUUAAUGAGCAUACAAUAUAGAUAAGUUAGCAGGCAAUAUAAGCAAACCAAUUCAUUGUAUAGGAAUUGGAAUAUGUAUUACUCACUGAUUAAUCUUUCCAUACUGCAGAAUCUGUUGAUUCCAUGUUUCAUUUUAUAUUUUUUUUUCAGGAAUUAAUUUACUAAUUAGUCCUUUACUAAAUAUACUAAAAAAUACCUGCUGGAUUUAUAGGAUUUGCUCAGGGUCCCAAUGGUUUAGUAUUGUGCUGUUAGGUUAAAGAAAAGUAUAGGAGUUGAUGUAAAAAGUAUCACCAGGCCAUAAUUUUAUUUCAUUUGCAUGUAUGACUUUGUAGUCCAACCUUUAGUAAGUUAUGCAACAUCUUUAAACAGUUAUCUAGACAUUUUCCCUACUAAUAAAUACUGUCUAAUGUGGUGGUAGAACAUGUUGGAUUUUUAUCAUGUAGUUUACUGCAAAUAUAUUGCAAUUUUUUACAUUUUUCCCUGCAUUUCCCACCUAUUAUUGCUACUCAAAGUCGGAUGGUUAAUAUUGAAGUUCACUUCUGCCUUAUUUAUGCCAUAAAAGAGUGGCAUGCUGGGAGUUCAAUGGUUUUCGUCAAAUUAUUUUAAAAUUGUUUGAGAAAUGAAAUGGAAUGAAUAACGUUUCUGAAAAUGUUACUGGAACAAGAUGUCUUGCUUUCCACAGUUAAACUUUUGUUCUCUUCACCCUCUUUUUGAUGUUCUGGGAAUGGGAUCAUGCUUAAAAGACUCAUUGAUUAUUAGGAUUAUCUGUAUUAAUCUUUUCAUUUUCAACUUAUCCAGUUGGUCAAGUUGACAGUCAAACAUCAACAACCAACUCUGUAUCUAGCUAAAAAGUGACAUAGUGUUCUUUGCAGGUAGAAGAGAACUAUUAAGUCACCACAUUCACAAUAAUAUGUUGUUUAGUAUUAGAUAGCCCCUUCCAUGGUUGCCACUUUGUCUCACUUAUGUUUAUUUUAGAUGCUACAUUGCUGCUUUCCAAGUAUAUAGUAUUAGACAUUGCUUUCCAAGUAUAUAGUAUUAGACAUUUGUGGAAAUUAUGAGACUCUAUUUUUCUCUUAAGACUAAACAAAAAAUGUCACUAUAUAUCUGAAGAAAUACAUAGCUGUGUUUUAUCUAAAUGUAAAAAUACUAAUUAGUGCUUCUUUUAAACUAAGCAUAGGUUGCAUUACAUUUAUAAAGUCUAAAAAUUAACUUUGGCUGCAUAGAAAAACUCUCAGUCAUGCAGUUCUCCAUUUAUACCUCUGAGCGCCGCUGUUUGACCAAUAAGGAGAAGAAUACAGAGCUGGAGAUCCACUGAUAUUUCCAUCACUAACACACACUGCAGAUCUGCAAGAAGAAACACAGCCAUUUUUGGAUUCUCUCACUUACAGAGCACAGAAAAUCUGAUUAUAUUCUUCUGAGGAGAUGGAUUCAGCACUUAGAAUAAAAAUAACUUUAAAUAAAGGAAUAACUUUCAAGAUAGCAGAGAUGAAAACACAAGAUUUACAAAGAAACCAAGGAAUCAGAUGGCAAGUAAUAUUUUUCUUCUUAUUUUCAUGGCUUUGUCUUUCAGUAUCUGCCCAGCUUCAUUAUUCCAUUGCUGAAGAAAUGAGAAAAGAUUCUGUUAUAGGAAAUAUUGCAAAAGACCUUGGAUUAGAUAUUAAGCAGCUCUCAUUUAGAAAAUUUCGGAUUGUCUCUCGUGUUUCUGAAAAAUAUUUUUUUGCUAAUUUACAAAAUGGGAAUUUAUACAUUAAAAACAAGAUAGAUAGGGAGACACUGUGGGGAAGAGCAGCUCCCUGCUUACUAACCUUUGAUGCAGUGGUUGAAAAUCCUUUAAAUGUUUUUCCUGUAACCAUUGAAAUUCAGGAUAUAAAUGAUAAUUCUCCAAAAUUUUAUCAUGAAACCAUUUCUUUAGAAAUCAUUGAAUUUACUUUAACAGGAACACAUUUUAUGUUGCAAAAUGCAGAAGAUCCUGAUAUUGGAAUUAAUUCUGUACAAACAUACAAGCUCAGUGAUAAUCAGCAUUUUACACUGAGUGAAAAGACCAGCACUGAUGGCAGUAAAAUUCCAGAACUUGUUUUAGCAAAACCUUUAGAUCGAGAGACACAAAAUGUUCAUGAAAUAAUUUUAACUGCACUGGAUGGAGGGAAUCCUAUUAGAUCUGGAACUGCUCUGAUCAAGAUUAUUAUUACUGAUGGAAAUGAUAAUUUUCCUGCAUUUACGGAAGAAGUCUAUAAGGUGAGUGUAAGUGAAAAUACUGCCAUUAACUUUACACUGAUUCACGUCACUGCAACUGAUCAGGAUGAAGGUUCUAAUGCACAGAUCAUAUAUUCCUUUAGAAAAACAUCUGACAAUGACAUUUCUACUGCCCUGUUUAGUAUUAAUGCUACAAGUGGAGAAAUUAAAACCAAAAGAAAAUUGGAUUUUGAAGAUGUACAAAAUUAUGAACUGUCGAUUCAAGCAAAGGAUGGUGGUGGGCUUGUGGCCUAUUCUAAGGUUUUAAUAGAAAUAAUAGAUGAAAAUGAUAAUGCCCCAGAGAUAUCUAUUACCUCUUUAACUUCACCUAUUCCUGAGGAUUCCCCACAAGGUACACUCAUAGCACUGAUUGAAGUUCAUGACCAAGAUUCAGGAGAAAAUGGAGAGGUUGCCUGUCAAAUCAUAGAGAAUAUACAUUUUCAGUUAAUAUUGUCAUCGAGUAAAUACUACAAAAUUGUUACAACAAAAGUCAUGGACAGAGAGACAGAAUCAUAUUAUAAUAUCACAGUUCAAGCAUCUGAUAGGGGAUCUCCUCCACUUUCCACUACAAGAACUAUUAGGUUGGAUAUAUCAGAUAUUAAUGACAAUCCUCCAGUAUUUACAAAAUCUACUUAUGUUGCAUAUGUACCAGAAAACAAUUUACCAGGGGCCUCAAUUUACAGUAUACAUGCCUUGGAUUUUGACGUUGAUGAGAAUGCCAAAAUUAUUUAUUCAAUAUCCAGCACAUACACGGAAGAUAUCCCAGUAUCUUCUUAUCUUUCCAUUAAUAUAGAGACUGGAGUUCUCUAUGCUCAGCGAUCAUUUGAUUAUGAGCAACACAAGGAGUUUGAAAUACUAGUAACUGCUAAAGACAAUGGAUCCCCAUCUCUGAGUAGUAAUACAACAUUAAUUAUUCAUAUAGUCGAUCAAAAUGAUAAUUCACCAAGAAUUUUAUACCCAUCAACAGAAAACGAUGGUUCAACUAUGUUUGAGAUUGUUUCAUUUUCUUCUGAAGAAGGUUAUUUAAUAACAAAGGUAGUUGCAGUGGAUGCUGACUCAGGACAUAAUGCUUGGCUCUCCUAUCAUUUCAUGCAAGUGUCAGAACCACUUCCGUUCAGUAUUAGUCAGCAUACGGGAGAAAUAAGAACAUCAAAUUUCUUUGAACAGAAAGAUAUUCUUAAAUAUAAGCUGGUAGUUAUUGUGAAAGACAAUGGAGUCCCCUCACUGACAGCAACAACAACCUUAAGUAUAAUUGUUGCAGAUUCUUUCCAACAAGUGGUUCCCAAAUUCACUAGUGAACUUAGUGAUGAUGAUUCUCCACCUAAUUUACAAAUGUAUUUAGUUAUUGCUUUAGCAUUGAUUUCAUUCUUAUUUAUUUUAAGUGUUAUGUUAGUUAUCAUAUCCAAAUGUAAGCAAUCACCUUCCCCUGCAGCCUUUGGAACUCUCAGUACCAAUCUUUAUUCUCAAGUGGAUCCCAGAUAUCUUUCCCAAUAUAACAAUGGAACUUUACCUCUGCCAUACUCAUACAAUGUGUGUGUUGCUCUGGAUUCAAGUGAAAGUGACUUUACUUUCAUAAAACCAAAGCAGGAUGUCCCCACAGAAAAUCUUAUCGAUGCUGAUGAUUCAGGACUUGGAAAUGAAAAUGAGGCAGAAACCUUGAUGUCUAACAAUCUUGUAAAGGUGAGUGGUAAUUUUAAGGACUAAAAUAGGAAAAGCUAAUAUUUAGAUUUCCCUGCUAUUUUUAUUAUGUAUUUCUUGUGUAAUACCUGUUUAUAUACACAGCCAAUGUAAUUUUGGUUUAAAAAAAAAAAGCCAUGGUAUAUGCCGUUCGUACCACUUUCUGGGAUCUCUGACUUGACAAAAAAAAAAAACAUAAACAUAUCCAGAAACAGGUACUUAAACAAUAUGGACAGAGGUGGCAAGUGGUGUCCUUCAGGGGUCUGUUCUGGGACCUCUUCUAUUUAACAUGUUUAUAAAUGAUCUUGAAGACAGCAUUGAAAGUCAUGUUUCAGUGUUUGCACAUGACCCAAAACUUUGUAAAAUAAUACAAUGUGAGCAAGAUAUUACUUUGCUUCAGAGGGAUUUAGAUAGACUGGGGACUGGGCACUCAAAUGGCAGAUGAAAUUUAAUGUUGAAAAAUGCAAAGUUAUGCACUUCGGCGUAAAGAAUACACAAGCAACGUAUACACUUAAUGGAAGCAAAUUAGGGAUAACAACACAUGAAAAGGACUUGGGAAUUGUUAUAGACAACAAACUAUGCAACAAUGUGCAAUGUCAAUCAGCAGUGGCCAAGGCCAGUAAGGUAUUGUGAUGCAUGAAAAAGGGCAUUCAUUCUCAGGACGAGAAUAUCAUUUUGCCUCUUUAUAAAUCACUGGUAAGAUCACAUAUUGAAUAUGCUGUGCAAUUUUGGGCACCUGUUCUAAAGAAGGAUAUUAUGGCACUAGAAAAAGUUCAGAGGCGGGCUACAAAAUUAAUAAAAUGUAAACCUAUUUAGUUUAGAAAAACGUCGCCUGAGAGGGGAUAUGAUAACAUUCUCCAAAUAUAUUCGGGGCCAAUACAAACUAUUGUAUGGAAAUCUAUUCACAAACCGGACUUUACAUAGGACACGAGGCCAUGCGUUUAGACUGGAAGAAAGAAAAUUUUGUCUAAGGCAAAGGAAAGGUUUUUUUAUUGUAAGAACAAUCAGGAUGUGGAAUUCUCUGCCUGAAGAAGUGGUUUUAUCAGAAUCCAUACAGUUAUUCAAACAGCUACUAGAUGCAUACUUGCAAAAACAGAAUAUUCAAGGAUAUAAUCUUUCAAUGUAGGGUAAUAACUGCUUGAUCCAAGGAUAAAUCUGACUGCCAUUCUGGGGCCAAGAAGGAAUUUUUUUCCUAGCUUGUUGUAAAAUUGUGCUUUAAACUGGGUUUUUUUGCCUUCUUUUGGAUCAACAGCACAAAACAAAUGUGAGGAAGGCUGAACUUGAUGGACGCAAGUCUCUUUUCAGCUAUGUAACUAUGUAACUAUGUAAUAUCUAUAGAAAUAUCCUGGUAAACAAAAUGAGAAACAUGCUACUUAAGUUUAGGACAUAUAAUGUAUUGACAGCAUUUUAGUCGUUGACUUAAGGAUGUAGCCUUUAGAGUGAUAGCUGUAUUGUAAAAAUAUUCUAAUAUUAAGUAUUUAUAGUAAAUAGCCAAAGACAAAAUAAUGAAAACCAUACAAGUUCUUUUUUAAGGUUAUUUUUCCUUUUAAAUAUAAUGUUUCAUUUUGUACUACGUUUUCUAUUGUAUGUAUGUAUGUAUGUAUUGGUAAGGAAACGGAUUUAAUGCCAUGUAAUACAGCAGGUAUAAGCAGGUAUAAGCCCUCACACUCACUCAAUGUCACAGGAGAUAUCUAUGCUUCACAUUGCCCAUACAAUCACCUGAAUGGUGAGUACACAAACAAACUGUGAAUGAUAGGCAACAAAACACAAUUUGUAAGCCAAAAUCACUAAACAGAAAAUGCAGCUUACUUGGAUAAUCUCUUGAUUUCUGCUAAUGUGGCAAGCAAUUAUAUUUUACUAUAAUUAGUUUUCCAAUCUUUAGCAAGAAUUAUGCAUUUUGUAAAGAAAAUAUAUGGGAGGUAUGUAGAGUGUCUUGUCUUUUUUUUUCUUCUUGUUUUAUCCUUCAGGAAUCAAGCUAAUGAUUGUAAUUGUGCUUAUAGUACAGAAUAUGUGUGCAGCAAAGAUGGCAACUCAGUAGAAACUCACCUUUUUGGACAAGUUUCAAUUUACUACUAGCUCUUAUCUGUUUGAACCUAGACAGCUGAUGAUCUACCGUAACCUUUGGACUUGUUACACUUUGUUUACAUGUGUUUGUCAGAUCUUAGGUGCUGAUUUACUAUUUCUAAUGUAAUAUUCAGUAUAGUAUAGUGUAUAAACAGUCAAAUAGCAUUGAUACCAUGUGUUAUAUAUGAUUCAUUAGACAACAACUCAUUGCAACACCGAUAACUUUAAUUUUGGUAAUCAUUUUUCAAAUUGCUGUGCGUUAACUUGAUUUAAAUUGUUUUUUUCAGUUGGGAUUUUGCUGUUACUUAUUUAGUACAUGCAUGAAUAUUUAGAUGAUUGGUCAGUAGAAAGUACUGCUACUACUUUGAUUUAAUCAACUUUCUGUGUAGAACACAGUGGCAAUAUUUAUAUGCACUUAUUAAUAUUGAUAUUGGUUACCACUCACCCACACAGAAUAUAUCUAACACAAGAAAGGUUUGCACACUAUACUAAACAUGUAUUUGGAAAGUUCACAUAUUAUACUGAAGUAACAAAACACAUGUAUAUAUAAUAUUUACAUUACAUAUAAGCAAUCAACCAUAUUACUGAGGCAGCAUUAAACCAUACCUAACAAACCAUAACAUUGAGAUAAGUAAUCAGGACAUGUGGAUGGGCCUUCUAGGCGGUGGCAGCAGUGAUGAAACUCGUGUCACUGUCAACACCUACCAUGCAUGGGCCCGUCCACUUAAGUGGGUAUGUCAGCCUGGUGCCUCUUGACUAGCCUCCUAUUUGUAAGACCACGCAAAGAGUGCUACGGAAGCGAUUUCUGCAUGGUCCUAAUGCACGCUACACAGUGCAAGAGUGUCUAAUGAUGCACAAAUCUGCUCAAGGACAGUUCCUUGAUAUCUCUGGAUGCAGGAAACCAGUGAACUUUUCUGGAUGGUGGAACAUGACCCUGAAAUUGGAACUGUCCCACCGAAAGCAUGACUGUUAGGACUCCUGCUAAACUAAAUAGUAUGUUGUAUUCCUAUUUACAAUGGAUAAAUAAGGCUAGCAAGGCCCAGUGUAUACGUACGGUCACACAACCUGGGGCAGGAUGGAGAUGUCUGAUCAGUAGCAGAGCAGGAAGCAGAGAGAACUGAACCUAAAUGUUUCACAUUGUUAACCUGAGUAGGUGCAAAACCAUGCAGUUGGCCUGGACUCUCAAAUUUAAAUUAAUGAAACCAAGGGGCUGCAUAAAAAUGCUGGAUCUUAUGUGUCGUAUGAAUUGCCCCCAGCAGCACCCUAUAAUGUAUGCAUUUUUAGGUAAGUGUAGCCCCUUGGUUUCAUAUUUUUAUAUUUUCAAGUCCAGGGCAACUCCCCAAUUUUGCACCCCUCCCUAUUACAGGUGCCUAAUUCAAAGGCCCUAUUUAACCUUGACCUACCGAGAGUCCCAGGAAGAACAUUUUCCCAAAUAAGUGGAUUAAUCUCAUAAGAGCCUGCAUUAGGUUGCUAGAGUAGAACCGGCCAAGAAUGGAAUACAUUAACAUUGUGGCAGGCUUAUGCUAUGUAUCAUCAUAUACUGUAACUAAACCUCCAUUAUUUUUUGUCUAGGUAAGGUGUUUUUAAAUAAAGCUACUAAAUUCUGUGAGACUUGAAAUUGCUGUUUAGUGCAUGAGCAAGUGUGCUGGAUCUUGUAUGUUAUAUAUAUAUAUAUUUUAUAUACAGUUGUGCUCAAAGGUUUGCAUACCCUUUGGGAAUUGGUAAUGUACCAUUUUUAAAGAAAACAUGAGUGAGCAGGCAAAACACAUUUCUUUUAUUUUUUUAUGGGAUUCAUAUUCAAUUGUAGGUUAUAAAAGAAUGGCACAAUCAUAAAACAAAACAUGGCAACAAAGAAAAAAAUUAAAUGACCCUUGUUCAAAAGUCUGCAUACCCUUAGUUCUUUAUACUGUGUAUUGCCCCCUUUAGCAUCAAUAACAGCGUGCAGUCUCUUGCAAUAGUUAUCUAUGAGUCUCCUAAUUCUUGCAGGUGGUAUUACUGCCCAUUCGUCUUGGCAAAAUGCCUCCAGGUCAUGCAAAGCGUUUGGUCAUCUUGCAUGAACCACACGUUUGAGAUCUCCCCAGAGAUGCUUGAUGAUAUUAAGGUCAGGAGACUGAGAGGCCUCUCCAGAACCUUACAUCUGCUGUAACCACUGGAAGGUCAACUUGGCAUUGUAGCUAGGUUAGCUAAUCGGACCUAGCCAGAUGAUCGAGACCGCAGGAAACAAGUCAUAAUUAUUGACUUGGCUCCAACCUUCAACCCAGAAAUGAAGUACCCGGAACUCUGUGAUGAGUCCAGACACCCAGGUGGACUGAAAAAAGCGCACCUUAAUGAAUUUAAAUAGCGGAUAUAGCAGGAAUGAACAAUAUCAAGCACUUUGAGAAAGACAUUUAUUGGUUAAACGAUGAGAUCUCAAAGUUUGUAUCUAUUUUUUAUUUAAUAAAUUUGUUCUGGUUACAUUUCUAUUACCCUUUUUUUGUUUUAACAAAUUAAGUGUUUGAAAUACAGUAUCCAGUAUCCUGUGGGGAUCCUACCUACCUGAUUUCAACAACAUUUAUUUUACAAGACACUUAAAGUCUGAGCCUACUAUGAAGUGGCUCAGCAAUAUGUUAGUGUAACCAAUUUGUAUUAAUUUGUUUUUAUUACAUUUAUACAGAUUACACAAUGGUCUAUUUUUUGUUUAUAUCUUAGGUUUUAUAUCGAGCUUAUGGUAAAAUUGCAUGUGUAUGUGUGUGUUUUUUUAUUUACACUCUUUAUUUGCAAUAUUAUAUCUAGUAAUUAUUAUAUGUGUAUUUUUUUACAUAUACUUAUCAGUGUGCUCUCACCACUAUUUUAUCUCCUUUAGUCAUGCUGGAAAAUCCAAGAGAGUCCAAUGCGCAGUCUUCGUGCAAAAGAAUGCAAAUUGUCAACCAGUAUUUUCUGAUAACAUCCUGCAUUCAUCUUGCUAUCAAUUUAUGCAAGAUUCCCUUAGCCUUUGGAGCUCACACACCCUAAAAAAUCAGUGAGCCACCACCAUGCUUAACAUGGUAUGUGACCAUAAAGCUCUAUAAAGCUCUAUUUUGGUCUCGUUACUCUAAAUUACAGUAUGCCAGAAGCUGUGAGGUGUGUUAAGGUGUAGUCGGGCAUAUUAUAACCAGGCUUUUUUUGUGGCAUUGGCGCAGUAAAGGCUUCUUUUUGGCAACUCAACCAUGGAGCCCAUUUUGUUCAAGUAUCAUCAGAUUGUGUUUCUUGAAACAACCAUGCUGUCUUUUUCCAGAUCAGCCUGUAUUUCUCCUGUGUGUUUUUCUUUGUACCUUUAACAAUUCUUCUGGCAGUUGUGGCUAAAAUCUUUCUUGGUCAACUUGACUUUGGCUUGAUAUCAAGAGAUCCCCAGAUGUGAUUGAACAGUACUGAUUGGCAUUUUCAAGGCUUUGGAUAACUUUUUAUAUUUGUUUCCAUUUUUAUAAAGUUUCAUUACUUUGUUAUGCAAGUAUUGUGACAGUUAAUUUCUGCUCCCCAUGGCUCAGUAUCUAGCCUGCUCAGUCCAUUCACGUGAGAGCUAACAAUAAUUGCAAUUUUAAAAGCCACAUGUGUGGGAAAUUAACCUUUAAUUGCCAUUUUAACAUCCGUGUGUCACCUUGUGUGUCUGUAACAAGGCCACAUUCAAGGGUAUGUAAAAGUUUGAUGAAGGCUAUUUGGGUGAUUCUGUUAUCAUUAUUAUCUAAAAAGGAAUCAUACAACUAUAUGAUGAUAAAUGGCAUCAUAUGAUCACUAUCCUUUAAUAAAAUACUUUUUCUUGCAUGAUCAGUCACUUCUUAGCACAACUGUGACCUUAAAAAUAGUCAAAUUUAAUAUAACUAUACUUACUGGGUAAAUAGACUUUGGUGGCCCCUUGUUCCAGGACAAAUAUGUUAAAUAAUAAUUUUGGAAUCUUUUAUGAGCAUACAAUAUAAAUAAGUUAACAGGCAAAAUAAGCAAGCCAAUUCUUUGUAAAUUAACUGAAAUACAUACUAUUUACUGAUUGAUCUUUCAAUACUGCAGAAUCUGUAGAUUCUAUGUUUCCUUUUAUACUUUUUUUAAUGAAUUAAUUUACUACCCAGUCCACCCAGUUCACUAAAUACACCAAAACACUUGCUGGAAAUAUAGGAUCUGCUCAGGGUCCCAAAGGAAAAAGUUGAAAGACCAACAUUGGUUGAGACAUUUCAGUUAAUUAGUUUAGUAUUUUACUGUUGUGCUGUUAAGUUGAAGUAAAACAUAAGAGUUGAUAUAAAAUGUAUCACUAGGCCAUAAUUUUAUUCUAUUUGCAUAUCAAUUGUGUGACUUUCAGUUCAACCAUUUUCCCUACUCAUAAAUAAUGUAGUGGUAGAACAUGUUGAAUUUUUAUUGCAUAGUUAACUGCCUAUAUAUUGCUUUUGUUUAUAUUUGCCCUGCAUUUUCCACAUAUUAUUGCUAUUCAAAGUUGGAUGGCUUAUAUUGAAGUUCACUUUAGCAUUAUUUGUGCCAUUGAAUAGUGGCUUGGCUUAAGGUGCUAGGAGCUCAAUGUUUUUAGUCAAAUCACUUUAAAAUUGUUUAAGAAAUAAAAUGGAAGGAAUAAAGCUUCUGAUAACUUCACUGGAACAUCCUGUCUUGCUUUCCACAGUUAAACUGCUGUUCCCUUCACCCUCUUUUGAUGUCCUGGGAUUGGGACCAUGCUUAAAAGAAUCAAUGAUUAUUAGGAUUAUCUGUAUACAUAUUGUUAUAUUUGCAAUUUAUCAAGUUGGGUCCAGUUUACAGUUACAACCAACUCUGUAUCUAGGUAAACAGUGCAUAGUGUUCUUUAAAGGUAGGAGAGAACUAUUAAGUCACCACAUUCACAAUAAUAUGUUGUUUAGUAUUAAAUAGCUCCUUUCAUUGUUGUAAUUUGUUUCAUUUAUGUUUAUUUUAUAUGCUACAUUGUUGAUUUACAAGUAUAUGGUAUUAGACAUUUGUUGAAAUUAUGGAUAUAGAUUUGUUUUAUUUUUAUUUUAUGACUAAACUAAGAAUGUACCUAUACUUCUGAAAAAAUAAAUAGCUGUGUUUUAUCUGUAUGCAAAAACACUAAUUAGUGCUUCUUUUAAACUGAGCAUAGGUUGCAUUACAUUGAUGAAGUAUAAAUUUGAACUUUGGCUGCAUAGAAAAACUCUCAGUCAUGCAGUUCUCCAUUUGUACCUCUGAGCGCCGCUGUUUGACCAAUAAGGAGAAGAAUACAGAGCUGGAGAUCCACUGAUAUUUCCAUCACUAACACACACUGCAGAUCUGCAAGAAGAAACACAGCCAUUUUUGGAUUCUCUCAAAUACAGAACACAGAAAAUCUGGUUAUAUUCUUCUAAAGAGGGGGAUUCAGCACUGAUUUGGAAUACAAGUACCUUACAAUAAAGGAAUAUCACUUUCAAGAUAGCAGAGAUGAAAACACAGGAUUCACAGAAAAACAAAGGAAUCAGACGGCAAGUAAUAUUUUUCUUCUUAUUUUUAUGGCUUUGUCAUUCAGUCUCUGGUCAGCUUCAUUAUUCCAUUGAUGAAGAAAUGAGAAAAGAUUCUGUUAUUGCUAAUAUUGCAAAAGACCUUGAAUUAGAUAUUAAGCAGCUAUCCCUUAGAAAAUUUCGGAUUGUCUCUCGUGUUUCUGAAAAAUAUUUUUUUGUUAAUCUACACAAUGGGAAUUUAUACAUUAAAAACAAGACAGAUAGGGAGACACUGUGUGGAAGAGCAGCUCACUGCUUACUAAGCUUUGAUGCAGUAGUUGAAAACCCUUUAAAUGUUGUUCCUGUCACUAUUGAGAUUCAUGAUAUUAAUGAUAAUUCUCCCAAAUUUUAUCAUGAAACCAUUUCUUUAGAAAUUAUUGAAUUUACUUCACCAGGAACACACUUUAUUUUACAAAAUGCAGAAGAUCCAGAUAUUGGGAUUAAUUCUGUUCAAACAUAUAAACUCAGUGAUAAUCAGCAUUUUACACUAAGUGAAAAGACCAGCAAUGAUGGCAGUAAAAUUCCAGAACUUGUUUUAGAGAAACCUUUAGAUCGGGAGACACAAAAUAUUCAUGAAUUAAUUUUAACAGCACUGGAUGGAGGAAAUCCUAUCAGAUCUGGAACUGCUCUCAUCAAGAUUAUUAUUACUGAUGCAAAUGAUAAUUUUCCUGCAUUUACAGAAGAAGUCUAUAAAGUGAGUGUAAGUGAAAAUACUGCCAUUAACUUUACACUGAUUCACGUCAUUGCAACUGAUCAAGAUGAAGGUUCUAAUGCACAGAUCACAUAUUCCUUUAGAAAAACAUCUGACAAUGACAUUUCUACUGCCAUGUUUAGUAUUAAUGCUACAAGUGGAGAAAUUAAAACCAAAAAAAAUUUGGAUUUUGAAGAUGUACAAAAUUAUGAAUUGUCAAUUCAAGCAAAGGAUGGUGGUGGGCUUGUGGCCCAUUCUAAGGUUUUAAUAGAAAUAAUAGAUGAAAAUGAUAAUGCCCCAGAGAUAUCCAUCACCUCUUUAACUUCACCUAUUCCAGAGGAUUCCCCACAAGGUACACUCAUAGCACUGAUUGAAGUUCAUGAUCAAGAUUCUGGAGAAAAUGGAGAGGUUGACUGUCAAAUCAUAGAGAAUAUAAAUUUUCAGUUAGUAGUGUCAUCAAGUAAAUACUACAAAAUUGUUACAACAAAAGCCAUGGAUAGAGAAAAAGAAUCAUGUUAUAAUAUCACAGUUCAAGCAUUUGAUAGGGGAUUUCCUCCACUUUCCACUACAAAAACAAUCAGAUUGGAUAUAUCAGAUAUUAAUGACAAUCCUCCAAUAUUUACAAAGUCUACUUAUGUUGCAUAUUUACCUGAAAACAAUUUACCAGGGGCCUCAAUUUACAGUAUGCAUGCUUUGGAUAUUGACACUGGAGACAAUGCCAAGAUUAUUUAUUCACUUUCCAGCACAUAUACAGAAGAUAUACCAGUAUCUUCUUAUCUUUCCAUUAAUAUAGAGACUGGAGUUCUCUAUGCUCAGCGAUCAUUUGAUUAUGAGCAACACAAGGAGUUUGAAAUACAAGUAACUGCUAAAGACAAUGGAUCCCCAUCUCUGAGCAGUAAUACAACAUUAUUUAUUCAUAUAGUCGAUCAAAAUGAUAAUUCACCAAAUAUUUUAUACCCAUCAACAGAAAACGAUGGUUCAACUACGUUUGAGAUAGUUUCAUUUACUUCUGAAGAAGGUUCUUUAAUAACUAAGGUGGUUGCCGUGGAUGCUGACUCAGGACAUAAUGCUUGGCUCUCUUAUCAUUUCUUGCACGUGUCAGAACCACUUCCGUUCAGUAUUAGUCAGCAUACGGGAGAAAUAAGGACAUCACGUGUCUUCGAACAGAGAGAUGUAUUGAAAUAUAAGCUGGUAGUUUUAGUGAAAGACAAUGGAGUCCUCUCCCUGUCAGCAACAACAACAUUAAGUAUAAUCGUUGCAGAUUCUUUCCAACAAGUGGUUCCCAAAUUCACUAAUCAACUCAGUGAUGAUGAUUCUCCACCUAAUGUACAAAUGUAUUUGGUGAUUGCUUUAGCACUGAUUUCAUUUUUAUUUAUUUUAAGUGUUAUGUUAGUUAUCAUUUCCAAAUGUAAGCAAUCAAAAUCUCCUCCAGCUUUUGGAUCUCUCAGCACUAAUCUUUAUUCUCAAGUGGAUCCCAGAUAUCUUUCCCAAUAUAACAAUGGAACUUUACCUCCAUAUUCAUACAAUGUGUGUGUGGCUUUGGAUUCAAGUGAAAGUGACUUUACGUUUAUAAAACCAAAGCAGGAUGUCCCCACAGACAAUCUUAUUGAUGCUGAUGAUUCAGGACUUGGAAAAGAAAACGAGGCAGAAACAUUAUCCUCUAGUAAUCUUGUGAAGGUGAGUGGUAAUUUUAAGUAAUAGAAUAAUAAAUACAAAUAACUUUUUAUUUGUUUAUUAUUUAUAUGCUCUCCUGUUUGUAUGACAGACUCUGUGUGUAAUAUCUGUUUCUUUAAACAUCCAAUAUAAUGUAAAUUAUAUAUAAAAAAAAAUAUUUGAAAACAUUUAUUUUGAUAAUAUAUUUCACAGCCUGCCCAGGUGGUAGCCAUGGAAUAUAUAUAUAUAUAUAUAUAUAUAUAUAUAUAUAUAUAUAUAUAUAUAUAUACUACUUUCUGUGACCUUUGACUUGACUAAACAUAAACAUAUCCAGAACAGGUACUUAAACAAUAUCUAUACAAAUAUAGUAUUAAACAAAUAAAAAACAGGAUGUUUAAUUUUAGGACAUUUACUUUAUUGACCACAUUCUAAUCAUUGAUUUAAGGAUAUAAUAUUCAGUAUAUUUUAGCAUAUGAACAGUGAACUAGCAUAUAUAAAUCAUGUGUUACAUAUGAUUCUUUAGACAUGAACCCACUGCAAUACCGAUAACUUUAAUUAUGGUAAUAAUUUUACGUUUUUUCUAUUAGUUAUUUAGCACAUGCGUGAAAAUUUUGAAGAUUUGUAAGUUUAAUCCCUGCUAAUACUUUGAUUUAAUGAACUGGCAGUGUAGAACGCUGUGGAAAUAUUUAUAUGCACUUACUAUUAUUGUUAUUGGUUACUAUUCACCAAACAGAAUAUAUAUAACACAGGAGAGCCUUAUCCACUAUACUAAACAUAUAAUCUGAAAUUUCACACAUCUUACUAGCUUAACAACAACACACAUGCAUGUACAAUAUUGUACAUUAUGUAUAAUCAAUCAACUUUAUUACUGAGGCACUACAUUAAACCAUACCUCCCAACAUUAGGAAGUAAGUCAUCAGAACGGGUUGGUGGACCUUCUAGGUGGUGGCGCCAGUGAUGUAACUUAUGUCACUGUCAACACCUACUAUAGAUGGAUCCUCCCACUUAAGUGGUCAUGUCUGCUUAUUAAAGGGGCAUGUUGCACAGUGCAAUAGUUGAAAUAACUGGUGUGUUUGUUAUAGGCCUCAGUUAAGGUCAAAAUGUUGCUGUGUUCUCCAAUAAAUCUGUCCUUUUUACACAUCUUGACUGCUUGCACCAUCCCAUUCUUCCUACUAUUGACCGAGGUCUAGCUAGCCUGAGGUCUAGCUAAGCACCUUGUUUGCAGAGGGCGUGCGAGAGAUCCCUUUUUUCUACAGCACAGUGCAAGAGUGUUUAAAGAUGCACUUGCACUGUGCUACUCAAGGACAGUUUACUGGCAUAUAUGGACCCAGAGAUGCAGAAAACCAGGCAACUAUAUUGGAUGGUGGGACAGGACCCUGAAAUUAGGACUGUCCCUCAAAAAGCUGGACUGUUAGAAACCCUGCUAAACUAAAUAAAAACAAACCUCCAAAACAUUGUGCAUUCUUUUUUCCAAUGAUUGAAUAAGGCUAGCAGGCCUCAGUAUAGUAACUAUAUUUAAGUUGUUUUGCUAUUGUUUGUCUCUCUAGCACUUUUGUACUAAAUAUGUAGAACACAUGAUAAUUGUAAAAAAUACUAAAUUACUUUUGACUUCAUUAAUGAAAAACAAGAUUAAAACUUUCCUGGUUUCCAGAAGCUCUAAACAGUUAAUAAAUCACAUAUAUCUUUGCUGAAUGAGAAGCUCAGAAGUGCUCAGCUUGAUAGCAAACAUACUGAAUACUUUCAGUUUAGUUCUGAAGGAUGAAAUACAUCACAUGUUACACAUGUUGAAGGAUGAAAUACAUCACAUAUCAAUUUAACACGAAGCCGUCAAAAUGGGCAAAUAUCAAUACCUCUCUUUGUUUCAAAAGUAUUUUUUAAAUAUUUUUUUUGCAUGUCGGAGGCAGUAAAUAAUGUUCUAUAAACUUAUUUAUAUUUAAUGACUGUAUUAUAUAGGUUUUUUACAAUUCCCAUAAUAUCUACCUGGAGCUCACUUUACUUUUGGUGUCAAUUUGUUUUUUUGUGUGUGAGUAUGGACAUAUAAAGGAGGAAGCUAAAGCAAAAAUAUGUUGAUUAAAUUUGAAACAUUUGCCAAAAUAAAAUUUAAAAAAUGGCUAAUAGCAUGUAUACAUGUAUCUUUAAACUGUCAGUACUGACUAUGUAGUCAGUAUCUCAUAGAACAUAGUACUUCGUGAAAAUGGAGUGUUGUUUUUGCUUGAGAGCAGAUACUUAAACAGUAUACAAAGCACUAUGACUUUUUAUUGUUUUUAUAAGCACAGUGCAGUUUAUUACAUUUAGUCAACAUGACACUCUAUAACAAAGUCAUACAAUAUUUUCAGGAAUAAUAGUUAACUCCUAGUUGAAGUCUAAAAUUACAUAACAUUAUACAAAUAUAUUCGGGGCCAAUACAAACCAUUGUGUGGAAAUCUAUUCACAAACCGGACUUUACAUAGGACACAAGGUCAUGCGUUUAGACUGGAGGAAAGAAUAUUUUGUCUAAGGCAAAGGAAAGGUUUUUUUACUGUAAGAACAAUAAGGAUGUGGAAUUCUCUGCCUGAAGAAGUGGUUUUAUCAGAGUCCAUACAGAUGUUCAAACAGCUACUAGAUGCAUACUUGCAAAACAGAAUAUUCAAGGAUAUAAUCUUUCAAUGUAGGGUAAUAACUGCUUGAUCCAAGGAUAAAUCUGACUGCCAUUCUGGGGUCAAGAAGGAAUUUUUUUCCUAGCUUGUUGCAAAAUUGUGCUUCACACUGUUUUUUUGCCUUCUUUUGGAUCAACAGCAAAAAACAAAUGUGAGGAAGGCUGAACUUGAUGGACCCAAGACUCUUUUCAGCUAUGUAACUAUGUAACUAUUUAACUAUGUAACUAUGUGAGAUAAAGAUGAAGAGAAAAAUGGGGGGGGGGGGAGCAUUAUAUAUUAUUAUUUAUUAUUAAUGUAUAUUUGUAGAUAGAUGAGAGAAGAAUAAAUUAGAUGUGGCUCCUCAUGAGUAAAGAAGUAAAUAUUAAUUUACUUAUUCCAAAUGUUUUACUUAUUCCAAGUUUAACACUCCUUAAACCAUUGUCAAGUUUUUUUCAAAGACACAUAAGGAGUUAUUGGACAAAUGCUCCAUACAUCUAUGGCAAGAAAGUAAGGUACAUCAAAGGGUACAAGUUUAGGUCAAACAGUGGGUCAUCUCCAACAACUGUGAAGCAUAUACUCUGGCCCCACAGUUCAAUCAAUAGGAAGUCAUCUUUAUAUUUUUGAAUCUUCUACCAUAUAUAACCUCAAAAAAGAGUCAAUAUUAACCAUACUUACUAGGUAAAUAGACUUCGGGAACUACUUGUUCCAUGAAAAAUAUAUGAAACUAGUUUUGAAUCUUUAAUGAGCAUACAACAUAGAUACGUUAUCAGGCAAAAUAAGCAAACCAAUUCUUUGUAAAUGAUUGAAAUACAUAUUACUCACUGAUUGGUCUUUUCAUACUGCAGAAUCUGUGGAUUCCAUGUUUUCUUUUAGACUUUUUUAAUGAAUGAAUUUAUAUUAAAGUCCUUCACUAAAUAUACCAAAAUCACCUGCUGGAUUUAUAGAAUCUGCUCAGGGCCACAAAGAACAAAGUUGGAAGACCAAGAUUGGUUGAGACACUUCAGUUCAUUGGUUUAGUAUUUUAAUGUUGUGCUGUUAGGUCGGUGUAAAUUAUAGGAUUGAUAUAAAAAGUAUCACUAGGCCAUAAUUUUAUUUAAUUUGAAUGAUAUUAAUCAUAUGACAGUACAGUCCAACCUUUAGUAAGUUAUAUAACAUCUUUAAACAGUUAUCUAGACAUUUUCUCUACUACUAAAUACUGUCUAAUGUGGUGGUAGAACAUGAUGGAUUUGUACCAUGUAGUUUACUGCACAUAUAUUCAAUGUUUGACAUUUUGUUAUGCAUUUCCCACCUAGUAUUGCUGUUCAAAGCUGAAUGGAUAAUAUUGAAGUAAACUUCUUCAUUAUUUGUCCCAUAAAAGAGUGUCUUGGAUUAAGGUGCUUGGAGUUCAGUGUUUUUAGUCAAAUUAUUUUAAAAUUGUUUGAGAGUAAAUGAAUAAAGUGUCUGAAAACUUUAAUGAAACAAGCUGUCUUGCUUUCAGUUAAACUUCUCUUCCCUUCACCCUUUAUUGAUGUAGAAUUAGAUGUCCUGGGAUGGAGAAUAUGCUUAAAAGAACCAUUGAUUAUUGGGAGUAUCUGCAUAAUUCUUUCCAUUUGCAACUUCUCAAGUUGAAUGAAGUUGACAAAACAGUCAAAUAUCAAUAGCCAACUCUGUAUCUAGCUAAAAAGUGAUGUAAUGUUCAUAUUUUUUAAUGCAGGCAGAACAGAAUUAUUAUGUCAUCACAUUUCCAUUAAUACAUUGCUUAGUAAUAAAUAGCUCCUUCGAUGGUUGUCACUUUGUUUCAUUUAUGUUUAUUUUAUAUGCUACAUUGUUGAUUUUCAAGUAUAGUAUUAGACAUUUGUUCAAAUUAUGAGACGUACUUUUUCUUUCACUUAAGUCUUUCACUUAAGACUUAAAAGAAUUCCCCUGUACUUCUGAAGAAAUACAUAGCUAUGUUUUAUCUAAAUGCAAAAACACAAAUAAAUGCUUCUUUUAAACUGAGCAUAGGUUGCAUUACAUUCAUAAAGUAUAAAUGUAAGAACUUUAGCUGCAUAGAAAAACUCUCAGUUGUGCAGUUCUCCAUUUGUACCUCUGAGCGCCGCUGUUUGACCAAUAAGGAGAAGAAUACAGAGCUGGAGAUCCACUGAUAUUUCCAUCACUAACACACACUGCAGAUCUGCAAGAAGAAACACAGCCAUUUUUGGAUUCUCUCACAGACAGAGCACAAAAAUUAUUCUUCUGAAGAGGUGGAUUCAGUGCUUUAGAUUACAAAUAACUUGCAAUAAAGGAAUCAUUUUCAAGAUAGCAGAGAUGAAAACACAAGAUUCAGAGAAAAAGAAAGAAAUCAGAUGGCAAGUAAUAUUUUCCUUCUUAUUUUCAUGGCUUUGUCAUUCAGUCUCUGGUCAGCUUCAUUAUUCCAUUGAUGAAGAAAUGAGAAAAGACUCUGUUAUAGCUAAUAUUGCAAUAGAUCUUGAAUUAGAUAUUAAGCAGCUCUCACUUAGAAAAUUUCGGAUUGUCUCACAUGUUUCUGAAAAAUAUUUUUUUGCUAAUUUACAAAAUGGGAAUUUAUACAUUAAAAACAAGAUAGAUAGGGAGUCACUGUGUGGAAGAGCAGCUCCCUGCUUAGUAACCUUUGAUGCAGUGGUUGAAAACCCUUUAAAUGUUUUUCCUGUCACCAUUGAAAUUCAGGAUAUAAAUGAUAAUUCUCCAAAAUUUUAUCAUGAAACCAUUUCUUUAGAAAUUAUUGAAUUCACUUCACCAGGAACACAUUUUAUGUUGCAAAAUGCAGAAGAUCCAGAUAUUGGGAUUAAUUCUGUACAAACAUACAAGCUCAGUAAUAAUCAGCAUUUUACACUGAGUGAAAAGACCAGCACUGAUGGCAGUAAAAUUCCAGAACUUGUUUUAGCAAAACCUUUAGAUCGAGAGACACAAAAUAUUCAUGAAUUAAUUUUAACUGCAAUGGAUGGAGGAAAUCCUAUUAGAUCUGGUACAGCUUUGAUCAAAAUUAUUAUUACUGAUGCAAAUGAUAAUUUUCCUGUAUUUACAGAAGAAGUCUAUAAAGUGAGUGUAAGUGAAAAUACUGCCAUUAACUUUACACUGAUUCACAUCACUGCAACUGAUCAGGAUGAAAGUUCUAAUGCACAGAUCACAUAUUCCUUCAGAAAAACAUCUGACAAUGAAAUUUCUACUGCUAUGUUUAGUAUUAAUGCUACAAUUGGAGAAAUUAAAACCAAAAGAAAAUUGGACUUUGAAGAUGUACAUAAUUAUGAGCUGUCUAUUCAAGCAAAGGAUGGUGGUGGGCUUGUGGCCUAUUCUAAGGUUUUAAUAGAAGUAAUAGAUGAAAAUGAUAACGCCCCAGAGAUAUCCAUUACCUCAUUAACUUCUCCUAUUCUUGAAGAUUCCCCACCAGGCACACUAAUAGCAUUGAUCAAAGUUUAUGAUAAAGAUUCAGGAGAAAAUGGAGAAGUUGACUGUGUAAUCACAGAGAAACUUCCUUUUCAGUUCAUAAUGUCAUCUGGUAAAUAUUAUAAAAUUGUUACAACAAAAGCCAUGGACAGAGAGAAAGAAUCAUGUUAUAAUAUCACAGUAAAAGCAUCUGAUAGGGGAUCUCCUUCACUUUCUACUACAAAAAUUAUCAGAUUGGAUAUAUCAGAUAUUAAUGACAAUCCUCCAGUAUUUACAAAGUCUACUUAUGUUGCAUAUGUACCAGAAAACAAUUUACCAGGAGCUUCAAUUUACAGUAUAAAUGCACUGGAUUUUGACAUUGAAGACAAUGCUAAAAUAAUUUAUUCAAUUUCCAGCACAUAUACAGAAGAUAUACCAGUAUCUUCGUACCUUUCCAUUAACAUAGAGACUGGAGUUCUCUAUGCUCAGCGAUCAUUUGAUUAUGAGCAACACAAGGAAUUUGAAAUACAAGUAACUGCUAAAGACAAUGGAUCCCCAUCUCUGAGUAGUAAUACAACAUUAAUUAUCCAUAUUGUUGAUCAAAAUGAUAAUUCACCAAGAAUUUUGUACCCAUCCUUAGAAAAUGAUGGUUCUCCUAUAUUUGAGAUAGUUCCAUUUUCCUCUGAUGAAGGCUUCUUAAUAACUAAGGUGGUUGCAGUAGAUGCUGACUCAGGACAUAAUGCUUGGCUCUCUUAUCAUUUCAUACAAGUAUCAGAACCAUCACCCUUCAGCAUUAGUCAUCAAACGGGAGAAAUAAGAACAUUGCGUACCUUUGAACAGAAAGAUGUAUUGACAUAUAAGCUGGUGGUUAUGGUGAAAGACAAAGGAGUCCCCUCUCUGUCUGCAACUGCAACCUUAAGUUUUAUUAUUGCAGACUCUUUCCAACAAGUGGUUCCCAAAUUCACUAAUCAACUCAGUGAUGACGUUAUUCAUCCUAAUUUACAAAUGUAUUUAGUAAUUGCUUUAGCACUCAUUUCAUUUUUAUUUAUUUUAAGUGUUAUGUUAGUUAUCAUAUCCAAAUGUAAGCAAUCAAAAUCCCCUCCAGCCUUUGGAUCUCUCAGCACUAAUCUUUAUUCUCAAGUGGAUCCCAGAUAUCUUUCCCAAUAUAACAAUGGAACUUUACCUCCAUAUUCAUACAAUGUGUGUGUGGCUUUGGAUUCAAGUGAAAGUGACUUUACGUUUAUAAAACCAAAGCAAGAUGUCCCCACAGACAAUCUUAUCGAUGCUGAUGAUUCAGGAGUUGGAAAUGAAAAUGAGGCAGAAACAUUAUCCUCUAGUAAUCGUGUGAAGGUGAGUGGUCAUUUGCAGGAGUAAAAUAAGAAAGUCUAAAUAUGUUGAUAUUUUGUAGUAGGGUUUCUAUACCUUGUUGUUCGUCUGAUGGAUUCAGUGAGAAGGAUAUGUUUUCAACAGUUAAAAAAAAAAUACUUCUGUGAAACAAAUCAUUCUGAUUCAAUAUUUUAGACUGCCUAGUUUGGUAGCCAUGGUGUAUGGCAUAUGCCACAUCUUGAUCAUCCUUUUGGUAUUUCCAAUGACCUGUCAAUAAACAUUCUAUUACAGUUGUAAAUACAAAAUAUUUGGAGACACAUGUACUUAAGCAAUAUGUAUAGAAAUAUUUUAUUAAACUAAAACACAAUCAGUGUAAUUUAGAACAUUUAAUGUAUUGACCAAAAUCUAGACUUUUAUUAAAUGAUGUAGCCUUUGCUGUGAAAAUAAUGUUGUAAAAACACUCUACCUUUUUUAAUAUAUUUUAUUUUUAUAAGAUUUUUUCAUAACAAUACAAAGAAAUAUGUUCUCUAUCCGAGCAUUGAACAUACAGUAUUAAUACUUCAAAGGUGGAGUUACAUGGUACAUUAUGAAGUAACAUUUUUGUAUUACAUAACAUUGUUUAGAACAUAAGCGCUGAAUACCAGCCAUACAUCUUAAUUUUCACAGAUUAUUCACAGUAUGGAAUAAUGUCUGUGGUACAAGUGUGACCUCAUUAAAACCUAAUUGUAACAUAUUGGCAGAGAUGUGUCUAAACCCUGUGAUUAUAGGCCCCGAAAACACUCUAAUUUUAAUUUUAUUAAUAAAAAAUAAUUUUAAUAGUAAGUAGCUAAACGAAAAUAAAUUCCAGAAAUCAUUCAAAUUUCUAUUUCAAGUUAUUUUUUCUUUAAAUGUAGUUUUUUAUUUUGUACAAUAAUGCCAUUUUCUACUGCAAGUACAAGCCUGCGUCCCUCAUUAUUAAUUCAUGGUACAGAUGAUAUCACAGAUGAUAUCACAGAUUAUAUCAUUGCCCAUACAAUUACCAUAUUGGUGGGCACACACAGGCUAUGAUUGUCUGGCAAUACAAAUUGAAUUCAAAGUGAACUGAAACUUUUAGGCCACAAUAACUAAUCUGAAAACAUAGGUGACUUGAAGAAUCUCUCUAAUUUAACUACUGUUGCAUAAAAUGUGAUAUUUACUUUGAAUUCCUGUAAGGUCACACUACAAGAAUAACACUGACAGCACAUUUUCAUAACGUCGUCAUUGCUUUAAGAGGCAUUCGCAAAUAUUUAUAUCACUUUUACUAUAAAAAAUUAUAAGCUAUAGAGUAAGCUAAUAAAAGUAACACAGCAGUUCCUAUUUUAGUCAUGCUUUUUUAAAGAAAUAAACGUCCCAUAAACCCUUGAUUAACACUUGGGUUACCAUAUGCAUCAUGUUUUCAGCGACACAUAUUUAUGAAAAUCCUUGAAAGGGUUGACCUGCAGUAUAAUAAAUACUUAAUCUUAUACACCUUCUUCUACAUACUACAGGACAACCCUUUUGUGGUGUUCAUCAAUAUACAUAUGUAGUAUGUGUCCCUGAACACAUGGUGGAUUUGGUAACCCUACUUAAGAAUAAUGAAGGGAAGCAUUGGAUGAUGAAUCUCUGAAUACUUAAAAUUGACAAAGUUAAUUUUUAUUUUUGCAUAUUUAAUAUGCUUUAUCUUAAAAAUGAAUUCAAAUGAAAGAUGAUACAGGAUUUCUAAUUCAGUGCUUAGUUACAGUAUAUGUGGUUUCUGGGAUGCUCAGUAAUAUGUUGUCAUGAAGAACUUACAUAUGAAUAUGGCCUUUUAAUGUUGGCAAUGAUUUUAAACAAUAGUACUUCUAUUCCCAUUACACUUAACCAAUAAUUAGUAAUAUAUCAUAUCUGGCAUACCAUAGAGUAUAGGUAAUACGUUUCUCUGGUGUGUUACAUGUGAUCUCUAAACAAAAGCAAAACUACGCAAUCAUUAAAUACAGUGCCUAUAACUUUAUUUUUGUUAAUUGCUGUUUAAAAAAUAAACCACAUGUGGUUUAACUUGGUUUACAAGUUGGUGUUUUAGGGGUGAUUUUCUAUUACUUAAUUUGUGCAUACAUGAAAACGUAGACGAUUUUUUUAGGCUGCUAUUCCAUUUAGUUAGUGAACUUGCAAUGUAUGUCAGCUGUAGGAUUGUAAGUGUUCCCUAUUUGGAUUAGACCAUCUAGUAGUAAAUACAAAUUUUGGCUUCUUUGGCUUUAAAUGUGAAAUUAAUUUUGAAUGCAUUUCUACUAGAGUUUAUGAAUUCACCUGGAAUUUUUCUCCAUUGGUGUAGCAGACUAGAUAUGGAUACUAGCAUAUACCAUUUUGGCAUAACUUGUUUCUGAAAUGUAGAAUUUCACAUGUCAGGCUUGCGCAAAUCGAGAACUGCAUGUUUAAAUGUUUAAGCCCCUAAAGACUAAUGACGGACCAAGCCCGAUCGUCCUGUCCUUACAUGUGCUGCAGGGACUCCUGGACUGCCUCCCUGUACUUCUGCAUUCUGUGUGGAGUGCAGGGAGACAGAUCAGUGCUGAUCUUCUCCCUGCAAAAAAAACCCAACAAAAGUUAAAGUUAAAUCCCACCCCCUUUCCCCUGCUUUAAUAAAAUUAACCCCUUCACUGCCAUUUGAUCACUGACUACAGUGAUGAAAAAUACAGAUCAGGGUAUUUUACUAUGAUGUGAUUUUUUUAACCCCUAAGGGUUAACUUUUAUUUAUUUUUUAACCCUCAGGGGUUUAUUUUAUUAAUUCAUUUAAAUAUUAAUAUAUAUAUAUAUAUAUAUAUGUAUAUAUAUAUAUAUAUAUACACAUAUAUAGCUAACUGGGAUGGGUGGAAGUUAGUGGGGAAUUUGGUGUUAAGCUAGCUAGGGGUUAACAUUAAAAACAUGUUUAACCCCUUAAGGACCAAACUUCUGGAAUAAAAGGGAAUCAUGACAUGUCACACAUGUCAUGUGUUCUUAAGGGGUUAAAAAAGCUUUAAAAAGUUUAAAUAAUGUUUUAAAAAAGUUUUAAAAAAUCCCACCCCCUUUAUCCAGUCCUAAUAAAAAUUAACCCCUUCCCUGCCAGUUGAUCACUGCUUACAGUGAUCACAGUAUAAUACUGUAAACUGUAUUUUGAUCAGAUUAUUUUUUUAACCCCUGAUGGUUAACCUUUAUUCAUUUUUUUAACCCUCAGGGGUUCAAUUUAUUUCAUUAAUUAAUUUAAUUAUUUUAAAAUUAUAUAUUUUGCUAGCUCGGGUGGGUGGGAGAUUUGGGAAAUUGGGGAAUUUACUGUUAGUGCUGCUUACUGCAAGUUAGGGGUUAAUGGUAAAAAAAAAGUUUAUAACAAUUUUAAAAGUGUGAAAAAAGUUUUUAAAAAGUUUAAAAAAUGUAAUAAGUAAACAAAAAAGUUUAAAAACAAGUUUUAAAAAGUAAACAAAGUUUAAAAAAGUUUAAAAAAUACAUAAAAAAUGCUCAUUACCACUACACAUGGAACAAACUAGUUAAUUAAUGAUCCCACGCUAAGGUUCAAAAUAUGCCUUUUGAAUUACCCUGUGGUGUAUUCUUUAAUAAAUAGUAUGUGUUUGUGGGGAAGUUUGAAUAACCAACCAGCUAAACUACUCCGAAAUGAAGCAUGGACACAGCGUAAAACUUCAAAUUUAGAAAAAAACUGAAUGGCUGCAUCUCAAAUGUGUCCCAUCCACCUGGCAAAGGUAAUAUGGGGGUAUUGUUGUACUCAGACACCAUAGGUGGUGUAUUAUUGCACACAUAAGAUUUGCAUUGCACACAUAAGAUUUGCAAAAUAUGCUGUGCAAACUUACUUUGUGUGUCAAAAAGGCAGAAAAAAUACUUAUUACCACUACACUUGGUACAAGUUAGCGGAAAAUGAUCCCACGCUAAGGUUCAAAAUAUGCAUUUUGAAAUACCCUAGGAUGUCUUCUUUAACAAUGGUAUGCUUUUAUGGGAUAGUUGAAUGUAUGCCUGCUAAAAUACUCCAAAAUAGGACCUGGACACAGCAUAAAAAUUAAAAGUUUUAAAAAAACUGGAAUGGCUGUGUCUCAAAUGUGCCUCUUCAAUAUCCACAUACACCUGGCAAAGGUACAUACGGAGGUAUUGCUGUGCUCAGACAACAUAGCUGAGCAACAUAUGAAGUAUUAAACAGUCGUAGCACACAUAAGGUUUGCAAAAUAUACUGUGCAAACUCAUUUUGUGUGUCAAAAAGGCAGAAAUUGCAUUGAAAUACCUUAGGAUGUCUUCUUUAAGAAAUGGUAUGCCUUUAUGGAAUAGUUGGAAUAUAUCGCUUGCUGAAGUGCUCCAGAAUGGAACAUGGAGCCAUUAAAACCAUCUAUGAAAAUUCACACUUAAAAACCUGAACUUGUCACAUCCCUUUUACAGCACUGUAACUUCACAAAAGGGUGUCUAGGUCAUACAUUGGACAUAUUGUUUUACUCAGACGAUGUAACAGAGCAUUAUAUGUAGGAUUGUAUGACAGUGGCACAUAUCAAGUGUAAGAAAUACUCAGCAAAAAUGCAACAUGUAUGUAAAAAAAAUUAAAUUUUUUUUCCUCAGCACAUUUCUGAGCAGAAAUAUUUAAAAAAACAAAACAUUUUUGUUAUAUCGUAAGAAUAUGGAAUAUUAAAACAAUAUGUAAAGUAAAUGCUAAACGUUUUAAGCAUUUUUCCGCUUAUUCUUCAUCUAAAAUAAGAUGGAGAACUAUAUGUAGUUUUCCAUUUUAUUUUUUGCAAUACAUAUGUGCUUUGUAAAGUAAACAAAUAGGAGGCAUGUUGAGUUCCUGUCUUUUUUCUCUCUUGUUUUAACCUUAAAAUAAUGCUAACUUAUAUAUGUAUGCUUUUGUGAUAAAUAGCAAUGAAAAUGCGUGCAGCAAUUCAACUUUUAUCAAUGUUUAAAUUUACUACCAGCUCUGAUCUUUUUGAACCUAGAAAAUUAUCCAGAUUCACCAACAUUCAGCUUUGAACCAAUUGUGCUUUCUUUGCAUAUCUGUAGCCUUCCCUGACCCUGUGCUUGUCAGAUCAUAGCUAAUGAUUUGCUGUUUACUAGUAAUAUUCCAGUGCUUCUGUCUGUCUGUCUGUAUGUGUGUCUGUCUGUCUGUUUGUCUGGCAGGUUUGUACUAAAUACACAGAACAAUAUAAUGAUUGUAAAAUAUGCACAGUUGCUUUUGGACAUUAUCAAUGAGAAACAUGAUUUAAACGUUCCUUGUUUCCUGCAGUUCUGUGAUGCUCAUCAGUUACCAAAUCAAUCCUGUACAUUUGUUUCAUGCCCAACUUAGAAGUUCUGAGCUUGAGAUGAAUCAUAGCAAAAAAAUGAGCACUCAGUUUAGUUCAGCUGAAUGAUGAAUUACAUCACAUGUUAAUUUAGCACACAGUUAAAGUACAUUUCAAAUUAAGGUUAAAAUAUCCCAGCUGGAAAAAUUCUCUAAAUCAGCCAUGCUUUCAGUUUGGCUACCUUGGUGUUAUAUGUGAAAUUCCCUCUUAAUUCCCAACAAUUCUCACUUUAGUGAACAAACCGUUUUACUUCAAAGUGUAAGAAAGCAUUUUUUUACAUUUAGAGGGACUAAAAGCUUCUUCUAUAAAUGUAUAUAUAUCUUAUGGUCAUAUUAUAGAACAUUGUUUCACACUUCUAUUAUUACUGACCAAUAAAUGAAUUGAUUAAAAAAAAAAGGGAAAAAAAGAGAGGGAAAUAAAUUAAAGAUUUAUAAUAUUGUUAGUGAAAAAAAAUACAUUUACAAUUUUGACUAAAAGGGCUAGGGUCAAUUCUUUCUAAUAAGUCCUCCAAUAAUUAUGGCUGUUUCCUAUUUUAUUAAAAAAAAAUCUUAUUACUAAACUAAGGAUAUUGUUAUAAAUACAUUUUGGUAUUUCAAAUUCAAGAAUAUACAUGUAGUAACAUUUGUAUAUGAACUAAGUAAAGAUUGCAUUACUUUGUUAAAAUAUUAAAAUAAUUAAAAAUCAUAGUAGACAAACCUUCUCAGUCAUGUAGUUCUCUAGUUGUACCUCUGAGCGCCGCUGUUUGACCAAUAAGGAGAAGAAUACAGAGCUGGAGAUCCACUGAUAUUUCCAUCACUAACACACACUGCAGAUCUGCAAGGAGGAACACAGCCAUUUUUGGAUUUUCUCAGCUCAGAGAACCCUUUAUAUUAUAUAAAAUUGUAUACCCCUGAAAAAGUAAAUUAAAUAUCAGAUGCUUUAUUUUGCAAGAGGAUUUUUAAAAUCUGGAAAUCUAAAAGAAAAUUACUUUUGAAGAUUAAAGAAAAUGAGGGAGGCUGAUAUGGAAUCACAGGAUUUGCAAAAAUACAAAGGAAUCAGAUGGCAAGUAAUAUUUUCCUUCUUAUUUUCAUGGCUUUGUCUUUCAGUAUCUGCCCAGCUUCAUUAUUCCAUUGCUGAAGAAAUGAGAAAAGACUCUGUUAUAGCUAAUAUUGCAGAAGACCUUGGAUUAGAUAUUAAGCAGCUCUCAUUUAGAAAUGUUCAUAUAGUGUCACGUAUGUCAGAAAAAUAUUUUUCUGUGAAUUUAGAAAAUGGAGACUUGUAUGUUAAAGACAAGAUCGAUAGAGAGACAUUGUGUGGGGCAGCAGCUCCCUGCUUACUAUCCUUUGAUGUAGUGGUUGAUAAUCCUUUAAAUGUUUUCCCUGUCACCAUUGAAAUUCAAGAUAUAAAUGAUAAUUCUCCCAUAUUUUUUCAUGAAACCAUCACUUUGGAAAUUAUUGAAUUCACUUCACCAGGAACACAUUUUAUUUUACAAAAUGCAGAAGAUCCUGAUAUUGGCAUUAAUUCUGUACAAAGAUACAAGCUCAGUGAUAAUCAGCAUUUUACAGUGAGUGAAAAGACCAGCACUGAUGGCAGUAAAUGUGUUGAACUUGUGUUAGUGAAAUAUUUAGAUCGGGAGACUGAAAGCACUUAUGAAUUAAUUCUAACAGCAUUAGAUGGAGGGAAUCCCAUUAGAUCUGCAACUGCUUUAAUAAAGAUUAUUGUUGCAGAUGGAAAUGAUAAUUUCCCUAUAUUUACUCAAGAAGUUUAUAAAGUCAGCAUAAAUGAAAAUUCUUCAAUCAACACUACACUUCUUCAUGUCAUUGCACUUGAUCAAGAUGAAGGUUCUAAUGCACAGAUCACAUAUUCUUUUAGAAAAACAUCAGGCAAUGCUAUUUCUACUGGGAUGUUUAUAAUUAAUGCUACAAAUGGAGAAGUUAAAACAAAUGGAAAAUUAGAUUUUGAAGUUGCAAGAAAUUAUGAGAUGUCUAUACAAGCAAAAGAUGGUGGUGGGCUUGUAGCCCAUUCCAAAAUCUUAGUAGAAAUAAUAGAUGAAAAUGAUAAUGCCCCAGAGAUAUCCAUUACAUCGUUUGUUACACCUAUUCCUGAAGAUUCAAUGCCCGAGACACGGAUAGCAUUGAUUGAAGUUCAUGAUCAAGAUUCAGGAGAAAAUGGAGAAGUUGACUGUCAAAUAAUUGGGGAAGUGCCCUUUCAGUUAAUACAUUCAUCUAAGAAAUAUUACAAAAUUGUUACAACAAAUACUAUGGACAGAGAGAAGGAAUCAUAUUACAACAUUACAAUUCUAGCAAAUGACAAAGGAUAUCCUUCAAUUUCCACUACAAAAAUGAUUAAGUUGGAUAUAUCGGAUAUUAAUGACAAUCCCCCUGUAUUUACAAAAUCUACUUUUGUUACAUAUGUGCCAGAAAAUAAUUUACCAGGAGCCUCUAUAUACAGUAUACAGGCUUCUGAUCAAGAUUCUGGAGACAAUGCAAAGAUUAUAUAUUCAAUUUCUAGUAUAAAUACAGAAGAUACCUCAGUAUCCUCUUAUUUUUCCAUUAAUAUAGAGACAGGAGUUAUCUAUGCUCAAAGAUCAUUUGAUUUUGAGCAAAACAAAGAGUUUCAUAUUAAGGUGAGCGCUAAAGACAAUGGAUCCCCUUCAUUGAGUAGUAACACAACAUUAAUUAUUCUAAUAAUGGAUCAGAAUGACAAUUCACCAAUAAUUUUGUACCCAUCACAGGAAAAUGUUGAUUCUACUUCCUUUGAGAUGGUCCCAUUGGUCUCUGAAGAAGGUUCUGUAAUAACUAAGGUGGUUGCAGUAGAUGCUGACUCAGGGCAUAAUGCUUGGCUCUCUUAUCAUUUCAUACAAAUAUCAGAACCAUCUCCCUUCAGCAUUAGCCUGCACACUGGAGAAAUCAGGACAUUACAUUACUUUGAGCAAAAGGAUGUAUUGAAAUAUAAGCUGGUUGUUUUGGUGAAAGACAAUGGAGCCCCCUCUCUAUCAGCAACAGUAACCUUAAAUAUAAUUGUGGCAGAUUCUUUCCAACAGGUUGUUCCUAAAUUCACUAAUCACAUUAGUGAUAAAGACCAUCCAUCACGUUUACAAAUGUAUUUAGUAACUGCAUUGGCUGUGAUCUCAUUUUUUUUUAUUUUAAGUGUAAUGUUAACCAUUAUAUCCAGAUGUAAAGAGUCACAAUCCCAUUCAAACUUUGGAUCUCUCAGUACCAAUCUUUAUUCUCAUGUGAAUCCCAGAAUGCUUUCCCAAUAUAACAAUGGAACUUUACCUCUGCCAUACUCAUAUAAUGUGUGUGUGGCUUUGGAAUCAAGUGAAAGUGAUUUUACUUUCAUAAAACCAAAGCAAGAUGUCCCCAUAGACAAUCUUAUUGAUGCUGAUGACUCUGGACUAGGAAAUGAAAACUUGACAGAACCAUUACCUUCUAAUAGUCUUGAGAAGGUGAGUGAUGAUUAUUGGAAUUAAAACAGGAGAGAAUUACAUGUAUUAUGCUUGACAGCAAGGAUUUACAAACUGUUGUUUCUGUGAUUUGUAUGAUAUUUAUAAAUAAAGGUAUGGAUUCAGAGAGUAAUAUAUAAUCAGGGUUCAAAAUAUCCACAUGCCACUAGCCAUUGUCAAUUGACAAUUUAGAAAAUUUAGAUCUGACUAGAAGAAAUUCACAUUGAUGAGUGUGUCAUGUACCGUCCAUACUUGGCAAGUAACAUUUAAGGCAUGGCUGAUAGCAUAGGACUUGACAUUUCAAGCCUUCAUAAUACAUAAGGUAAAGAUGAAGCUUUGAAAGAAGCCUUUUGCUGGUUUAUAUAUAUAUAUAUAUUUAUCUAUAUAUAUAUAUAUCUAUAUAUAUUAAUAUAUAUAUUGAUAUAUAUAUAUAAGCUAUAUAGAGCAUCAAUGUUAUACUUAUGAUGGGUUGACAGAUUAAUAAUUAUUUAUUAUGGAAGUUAAUGUUUUUUGGUACAAAAACUACUCAUUAGUUGGAGAAAGAUUAUUUUAAAAAUGUUGAGACAUUAUUUUGAACAAUCAAUAGAUAAAGUAUUAAAAAUUGAGAAUAUUGUUCAACUAAAAGGACAAAUCUAAAUAAGAUCUGCAUUUUUGUUAACAUUCAUAGUCUAUUAUUGCCAUCCAGAUUUUAAUAGUAUUGCAUGGGUUAUACAAAAAAACAUAUUUUGUUUUGCAGUUAUAGCAGAGGAGCUGGUUUUUGGAUCCCAAUUUUUUGUUGAACCAGUCAAAGAUUGUUUGAAAAAAAUGAAGGGACGGUAAUCAAAGAUUACUUGCUCUAUAGCGAUAACAGUAAACUGCAAUUUUUCUUGUGUCCCUUUAAGAAGAAGUCACCCUCUAUCACUUCAUAAAUCUGACAUUGUAGAAGGGUAGUGAGAACGGUAAAACCUCAGAAAGAAUACAAUAAUUUGGACCCUUGUGUGUCCGCAGCGCUAUAUAAUUAGCCAGGAGAAAUGGUGCCUAUGUGUUUCAUUGCAAAAUGUAUAUAUUUUUCACUAUAAACACUAAAGUAAUAGUCAUAGACAAUUUGUGAACAAGUCAAAUAAUAAGUCUUGUAUCAACAAACAUAGACAGCACUACUGUUCAACCUUUAACACAUAGCUGGUUUUAAACCUUAUAUUCCCCAAUGGACUUAUCGGAUUUGACAGCUGCUGAUCGAUCCAUGGAUCAAUCAUAAAAACAUGACAAUUCACACUUAAGACCACUUAAAACAAAAUUAAAAGGCCCGUAAGGGUUAAUUUGAUCCUCAUAUAAGGAUAAGGAGGUAUAAAACCUCCAGUAUGUCUCCACCCACCAUGCCACACGUGGGGGCAUGUCCACGAAACAGUGUGACGCCUAUGGCUGGUCACUGUAAUUGAAAACUUACAAUUAUGGUACCUGCAUUAUUAGUGAAGCAUAUUAGAAAUUGAAGAUAUUUCUACACUAAUAUCAUCUUUUAUAGCAAAUUAGUAUGGUUUCCACUAUCAGAUUAGCCUCAACGCCAUGCCAGGGGAGUAUAACAUAUUAUAAACACUGAAUUUAAAUGUUAUUUCUAGCUUAUUAGAUUCAAGUAAUUGCUACUUGAAGAGGGCAAUGUUAUUUAAUGUAUGAAAAUUAACUAUUAUGAUUUAACCAAUACUUGGAGAAUGUCUUACCAUAUAUUCCAAGGUAAGUGCAAAAUCUAGGCUAAAAUAGCCAAACUGGAAAAAAAAUCUCCAAUUUAGAUAUUUAUUUUUAAAUAAACUUGGUCUAGAAUGUGCAAUUCCCUUGUGAUUUGCUUGCAAAUUCAGUCAGUUUAUGUUUUAGUGAAUAGAAUGUUUAGUUAUUAACAUAUGUGUUUGUUAUUUGAUAUUUAGAUCAUGUGAUUGUACAUAUGCUUUUUGGAGUUGUUUCUAAGAUGCAUUCGCUGGAGUUAGACACCUACUGUUACACCCUUGGUGCUGGGCUGGCAGCUGACUUGCCAGAUAGCAGUAAAAAAAACACUCCUCCCUCUCACCACCUAUAUACUACAAGCAUUAAGAUGGCAUCACAGGGAUGGGGUUAGAUAGUGUGCAUAAGUGUUACAUGCUUGUAGUAUUAUUUGAUUGGCUGUAGUUUCUAUGCAGUGAAUAUCUGUGAAUCUCAUUGGUCAGGGUAAUGCCUCUGGUCACUGAUUUAAUGUAUUAAGGUCCACGACCUUGUCAGCACAAUAGCUACUUCCAAACUGUAAAGGAAGUUUCAAUGAGUCUUAUCAUCCCAUUAGCUGGGGGAGGGGGUGAAGGAAUGUACUCUAACAUUUCACUGCUAAUAUUACAUUAGCAUUCCAGAGAUUGAUGAAGAUCACUGUAAAUAUUUUUAGUUAGAAAUAUAGGAGUUAACUUUAUGUACUUUAUGUGAGCAUUGUUAUCAAAUGCAAGCCAUUUUUUGCAUUUUGUUGUAAUUUUCACUACCAACUUUUUAAAAAAAAGCUUUUAUUUUUCUGUUAAUGAUAUAUAGUGGUAGACAUUAUCUUAUCUCUGUUUUGCUUUUUAUUUAAAGUAAAGUUCUAUAUGUAAUUACCAGGGAUGCAUUCCUUCGUUAGAAUAUAUAAAUUGUUGCGUUAAUAGAAAGAAGCAUUAUAAAGUGUAUCAUAAAUGAAACUCAUAUGCACAAAUGUACACUCUACUUCUCUCUUGAUUUUUAAUCUUAAUUAUGUUUAGGAUUAAGCAACAGCUAUAUUCUUUGAAUACUAUAGAAGGACUUUAUCUUUCUGACACAUUAUUAAGUGAUAGUAAAUAUGUACUUUAUUGUUAGGUCUUUUCUUAAUUUAUAUUUACAGUAUGUGCUACAUUGCAGCUUUAAAAAUAUAUCUACACUAACAUGUAUACUUUUUGAAUUAAUGCAAAUAUAAAUAGCAAGAUAGUUCACUGUAAUUGAGCAUUUAUGGUAACAGAUUCAAUUCCAUUUCUAAUAGAUAGAUAGAUCGAUAGAUAGAUAGACAGACAGACAGACAGAGACUAAUACGGCUACCUUCUCUACUCUAUAUUGAUAUGUUUGUGUGUUUAUAUAUACUGUAUAUAUACACACACACAUAAUGCAUGUACAUUAAACUUGUAUUAAAUAAAUACAGUAAAAAAAUGUUCUCGGUCGUGCAGUUCUGCAUUUAUACCUCUGAGCGCCGCUGUUUGACCAAUAAGGAGAAGAAUACAGAGCUGGAGAUCCACUGAUAUUUCCAUCAGUAACACACACUGCAGAUCUGCAAGAAGAAACACAGCCAUUUUUGGAUUCUCUCACAAACAGAACACUUUGAUUAAGGUUGGAUUUCCUUAUAUUCCCUUUAAGAAGUGAAGUAAGCAGUGGAUGUUUUCUUUUUAAGUGGAUUACAGAUAACAGGAAAAGAAAAUUAUUCCCAGAGAGAAAAAACAAUAACAAUGGCUGUGAUAAAAACUCAAGAUCCACAAAAACACAAAGGAAUAAAAUGGCAAGUAAUAUUUUCCUUCUUAUUUUCAUGGCUUUGUCAUUCAGUCUCAGGGCAGAUUCAUUAUUCCAUUGAUGAAGAAAUGAGAAAAGACUCUGUUAUAGGAAAUAUUGCAAAAGAUCUUGGAUUAGAUAUUAAACAGCUCUUGUUUAGAAGAUUUCAUAUUGUUUCACGUGUUUCAGAUAAAUAUUUUUCCAUAAAUUUGCAAACUGGAAAUUUACAUGUUAAAGACAGGAUAGAUAGAGAGACACUGUGUGGGGUCAUAGCUCCCUGCAUUCUAACCUUUGAUGCAGUGGUUGAUAAUCCUUUAACUGUUUUCCCUGUCACCAUUGAAAUUCAGGAUAUAAAUGAUAAUUCUCCCAUAUUUUUUCAUGAAACCAUUACCCUGGAAAUUAUUGAAUUUACUUCACCUGGAACACACUUUAUUUUGCAAAAUGCAGGUGAUCCAGAUAUUGGGAUUAAUUCUAUACAGGCAUACAAGCUCAGUGCUAAUGAGCAUUUUACACUGAGUGAAAAGACCAGCACUGAUGGCAGUAAAUUUGUUGAGCUUGUGUUACUGAAAUCUUUAGAUCGGGAGACACAAAACAAUUAUGAAUUAAUUUUAACAGCACUGGAUGGUGGGAAUCCAGUUAGAUCUGGAACUGCUUUAAUAAAGAUUAUGGUUGCAGAUAUUAAUGAUAAUUUUCCUAUAUUUAGUCAAGAGGUUUAUAAAGUUAGCAUAGCUGAAAAUACUCCUGGCAAUGUUUCACUUCUUCAUGUCACUGCAACUGAUCAGGAUGAAGGUUCUAAUGCACAGAUCACAUACUCUUUUAUAAAAACAUCAGGGAAUGCCCUUUCAACUGAAAUCUUCACAAUUAACGCUACUAAUGGAGACAUUAAAACAAAUGGAAAAUUGGAUUUUGAAGCAGUGAAAAAUUAUGAAAUAUCUAUACAAGCAAAAGAUGGUGGUGGGCUUGUAGCCCAUUCCAAAGUCUUAGUAGAAAUAAUAGAUGAAAAUGAUAAUGCUCCAGAGAUAUCCAUCACCUCAUUAAAUUCUCCUAUUCCUGAGGAUUCAACACCAGGGAUGCGGAUAGCAUUGAUUGAAGUUCAUGAUCAAGAUUCAGGAGAAAAUGGAGAAGUUGACUGUCAAAUAAUUGGGAAAGUGCCCUUUCAGUUAAUACAUUUAUCUAGUAAAUAUUACAAAAUUGUUACAAUAAAUGCUAUGGACAGAGAGAAGGAAUCAUAUUACAACAUUACAAUUCUAGCAAAUGAUAGGGGAUUGCCUUCCCUUUCUACUGCAAAAAUGAUUAAGUUGGAUAUAGCAGAUGUUAAUGACAAUCCCCCAGUAUUUAGGAAAUCUUCAUACAUUGCCUAUGUGCCAGAAAACAAUUUACCAGGAGCCUCUAUAUGCAGUAUACAUGCUUCUGAUCAAGACUCUGGAGACAAUGCUAAAAUUAUAUAUUCAAUUUCUAGUAUCAAUAUAGAAGAUAUCCCAGUAUCCUCUUAUUUUUCCAUUAAUAUAGAGACUGGAGUUAUUUAUGCUCAAAGAUCCUUUGAUUAUGAGCAAAACAAAGAGUUUCAUAUCAAAGUGACUGCUAAAGACAAUGGAUCCCCUUCAUUGAGCAACAAUACAACGAUAAUUAUUCUAAUAAUGGAUCAGAAUGAUAAUUCGCCAAUAAUUUUGUACCCAUCACCAGAAAAUGUAGAUUUCACAUCCUUUGAGAUGGUCCCAUUGGUCUCUGAAGAAGGUUCUGUAAUAACUAAGGUGGUUGCAGUAGAUGCUGACUCAGGGCAUAAUGCUUGGCUAUCUUAUCAUUUCAUACAAAUAUUAGAACCAUCUCCUUUCAGCAUUAGUCAACACACAGGAGAAAUAAGGACAGCACAUGUCUUUGAGCAAAAGGAUGUAUUGAAAUAUAGGCUGGUGGUUUUGGUGAAAGACAAUGGAGCCCCCUCUCUGUCAACAACAGUAACCUUAAAUAUAAUUGUUGCAGAUUCUUUCCAACAGGUUGUUCCCAAAUUCACUAAUCAAAUUAGUGAUAAAGAUCAUCCAUGGAGUUUACAAAUGUAUUUAGUAAUUGCAUUGGCUCUGAUUUCAUUUUUGUUUAUUUUAACUGUAAUGUUGACUAUCAUAUCCAGAUGUAAAGAGUCAAAAUCCCAUUCAAACUUUGGAUCUCUCAGUACCAAUCUUUAUUCUCAUGUGGAUCCCAGAUAUAUUUCCCAAUAUAACAAUGGAACUUUACCUUUGCCAUAUUCAUACAAUGUGUGUGUGGCUCUGGAUUCAAGUGAAAGUGAUUUUACUUUCAUAAAACCAAAGCAAGAUGUCCCUGUAGACAAGCUUAUUGAUUCUGAUGAUUCUGGACUAGAAAAGGAAAACUUGACAGAACCAGUACCUUCUAAUAGUAUUGAGAAGGUGAGUGAAAUUUUUUGGAAUUUAAAGUAGAUAUUGUCAAGUAUUCAGCGUUAUAGCAGGGUUUCCCAAAUUGUGGUUUAUGUGGUUCAUACGAUAUUAAUAAAUACAUAUAUGGUUUCAGAGAGUAAUACAUAAUCAGGGUUUAAAAUAUCCAUUGCCAUCAUCCAUUGUUAAGUGAUAUUUUUUGAAAAUUUAGAUCUAUCAGAAAUUCACAUUGAUGAGUGUGCCACGAACCAUCCAUACUUGCAGUGGCAAGUAACAUUUAAGGCAUGGCUAGUAGCAUAGGACUUGUCAUUUUAAACCUUCAUAAUACAUAAGGUACAGAUGAAGACUUGAAAGAACUCUUGUGAAGGUAUAUAUAAAAGGUAUUUAGAGUUAUUAUGUGUUGAUGGAUUACUAAUUAUGUAUGGAAGUUAAUGUUAUAUGGUACAUAACACUACUCAUUACAGGCAAAAAAUAAGUAAAAACUGGGAUGUGAUAUUGUCUUUAGUUUGAGAAAAAUAGUUUUCAACAUGUUUAAACAUUAUUUUAAACAUUCAAUAAAUAAAGUAUUAAAAGUUGAGAAUAUUGUUCUACAUAAAAAAUGAAUGCAAAAAAAGAUCUGUAUUUUUGUUAGCGCUCAUAGUCUAUUAUUGCCAUCCAGAUUUGAACAGUAUUGUAAGGAUGAUGCAGAAGUGAAAAGUCUUUAUUUUAAAGUUGUAGCACAGGAGCCAGGUUUUGGAUCCCUAUUUUUUGUUAAACCAUUGAAAUAUAGUUUGAAUAAAAUAAAGGGAUUGUACUUAAAGAAUGCUCCAUAGUAACAACAAUGAACUGCAAUGCUUAAUGUGUUCCUUUAAGAAGAAGUCACCAUCUGUCACUUCAAAUACCUGACCUUGUAGAAGGAUAAUGAGAACGGUAAAACCUCAGAAAUCAUCCUUUUAUUCAUAUUUUUAGCUAUAAAUGUUGAUUUCUCCAUGUUCAUUUCGUAUCCUGAGACUUUAGAAUAGUUGUUUAUCUCCUUCAAUAGUUCUGAGACUAGUUUUUGGUUCUUCUAAUGUUAGUAAGAUGUCAUCAGCAUAAAUAUUUAAUUUGGUUUGUCCUAGCAGAUUCAUGGAUCCUUUGAUUUUUUUUUGUUUUGUCUUAUAAAAUCGCUAGGGGUUCUAACACCAUUAUAUACAGUAAAUGGGAAAGCAGGCACCCUUGUCUAGUGCCAUUUUUGAUAGUAAAGUUUUGUGAUGUGAAUCCUGAGUCUGUUACCUUAGCUUAUGGAGAGCUGUAGAGAGCAGACAAGGCUUGUGAUAUUGAUCCGGUGAUUCCGAACUGUUUUAAGGUGGCAAACAUAAAACCCCAUCCAACCCUGUCAAAUGCUUUUUCUGUGUCCAUUGACAGAAACAAUAGAGGGGUUCCAUUAUUCUUUGUUUUUUCUAAUAUGUUUAUUAGUUUUCUGAGAUUGUUAUUUGGAGACCUCCUGGGUAUGAACCCGACUUGAUCAUUAUUGAUUAAUUGUGGUAUUACUAUUUUUAAUCUGUCAGCAAGAAUGGAAGAUAGUAUUUUAAUAUCUGUGUUGAUAAAUUAUAUAGAUCUGUAAUUACCAACAUGUUCUAGGUCUUUAUCUGCUUUUGACAUGGGAACAAUGUUCGCUCUCAACAGCUCUCCAGGACAGGCUCCUGUUUCCAUUAUAUAGUUAAAAAUAUUGGUGAGUUCCCCUUUUAGUUGAUCUUUCAUUAAUUCAUAGAAUUUGUUUGUGAAGCCAUCUAGGCCUGGAGCAGUCUUUAUUUUAAGUUUAUCUAUAGAUUUACUAACCUCUACUUCUGUUAUGGGCUGGUUUGUCAGCCUUAUUUGGUCGGGUAGGAUUUUUGGCAUGGACAGAUUUGUAAAAAAUGUCUUAAUCUCUUCUUCCUUACCGAAUGUUUCUUCUGGUAAACUGAAUAGAUUCUGGUAAAAUCUUUUGAACGCUCCAUCUAUUUUUUCUGGGGCCAUUAGAUAGGUUUCUUUAUCAUUUAUUUUAUAUAUUACUCUUUUAUAUUUAUCUUUUUUCAGUUUGUUGGACAUAAUUGUUUCUCGGUUAAUGCUUUUUAAAUACAAUUUAAGCUUGUAAUGCUUCUAAUUAUUUGGUUGCUAUUCAUUAAUUGGUUGUUAAUAUGUUUUUCUGUUUCUGCAAUCUUUCUGUUUGUGUGGAGAGUGUUGUUUUUUUCUGCCUUUUAUAUUCACUUAGUGUUAUAUUUAGUUUAAAGAGAGGCGGUAGUCCUUUUUUAUUUUCAAUGGCUGUCAUUUUUAUCAAAUGGCCUCUAAAUACACUUUUAUAAGCACACCAGACCAUGUUGUCCAGUGUGCUUUUGUUUUUAUUUUCUAAGAAAAAGAGAUUUGUUAUUUUUUUUUAUUUUUUCACAUAUUGUUUUUUUUUUGAGUAAUAAAAAAUCUUUUAUGCGCCACUCUUUAUGAAAAGUAUCAAAGUUAUCAUUUUAUUCCAACAUGAUAGGGCUAUAGUCUGACCGUGCUAUAUCCUUUAUCUCUAUUUUUUUAACAAGAUAUAGCAUGGCCAUGUUUCCCAAGAUAAGAUCUAUUCUGGAGUAUGAGUUAAAUGUUCCAGAAUAACAUGUGUAAUCUAGAUCAGCAGGAUGGAAUGUUCUCCAUAUAGCUUUUAGAUUAUGAUUGUUAAGUAAGUUUUGCAAUCUAUUCUCACGUUUUCCUACUUUUCCUAUCAUUUUGGAUCUUUCUGUCUUUUAGCAGGUCAACUACGCAAUUGAAGUCCCCCAUGAUUAGUACCAACCCUUGUUUAAUUUGUUCUAUUUUUUUAAAAAACACUUUUGUUGUAAAUUUUAUUGUAGCUUUAUUUGAUGCCUAGAUAUUGGCUAAUGUUAAUAGCUUAUUAUUUAUUUCACAUAUUAAAAUAAUGUAUCAGCCUUCUGGAUCUAAUUCUUGAUGUUUAAUGAUUUAAGGAAACAUUUUUUGCAAAGAUAAAUGAGAUGCCUCUUUUUUUUUCUUUUUUCUAAAGCUGCACUUAUAAUAAUGGGGUACCUUGAUGAAUGUAUUGUAUUCUCCUUGGAUCUUAUCCAAUGGGUUUCUUGCAGGGCACAGAUUUGUACCCGAUUUUUCAACAAAAAGUCUACAAUUAUAGACCUUUUACAUGGUGUAUUGAUCCCCUGGGCAUUUAUUGAGAUCAACUUAAAUUGUGGUUUCUUAUCAGGUUUUGGGACUCUCUCUCUCCAAGUGUUACCAUAUAUAUGUAAAAAUACAAAAAUCCCUUCUUUAUGGGUAAUUACACAGAAAUAAGACAGGUUGAUCCAAAACAAUGGCAUCAACCUAAGACAAACCUAAUGUAUGGCCAUACCCCCCGCCAUACAGUAUUUUGAGUAAUAAAACACAUUGCACAGAUACAAGUCCCACGUGUCGUAUGGGGAAAGCGUACUGAGGGUAAUCGAUCUGAGAUGAGCCUGUUAGUAUAAGAAAAGGAAAGGAGAAAAAGAAAACUAGAGUUCAUGGUGUGCAAAAAAGAUAAAGAAGAUCUUAUAAAUCUAAUCCCUUAACACUUUCAUCAUAUUGUUGCAUACAUUAUUAUAUAAGUGUUAUUAACUCACUAUUUACUACUUUUUCUUUGUGCAAAAUGUGUGUUAUUCUUACACUUAUCACUCUUUCCAUUACCCUUUACUUUAUUUUCCUCCUUAUCUAGGUAUGUGCCUUUCUGUGUCUUUAUAACUUCCUUUAAGUACAUAUAGAAGAAGAAGAAUGGAUAAGCUCCUUGAACAAACUAAAACAAACUAAAUAAUUAUAUACACUGCCUAAACCUCACAGAAACCCAAUUUAAACUUUCAAAUGGAUGGUACCUAACACCGAAACGCUUAAAGAAAAUCUUCCCAGAGUUAUCAGAUAGAUGCUGGAAAUUAAGGCAAUUUGAUCCACAUUUGGUGGCAGUGCACACCCAUAAACAAAUUUUGGAAAGAAGUAAUUAAAAUAUUAUAUCAAAUAAUGGAAAUAAAAUUACCUCUUAACCUGAAGUGGUCUUAACUGAACUGGCCAAAUGUGACAAAAAGAACACUAAUGUUAAUAUUACAUCACGACAGCUAAACUACUCUUAGCACGAAACUGAAAAACAGGGAUAAUUCUACGCACCAAUGAACUAAUAAAACAAGUUAUAUGGCAAGCAAGAAUGGAAAGGGGUAUUCUGGUGAACUUAGGAAGUAGAUAUACGCAAAUAGAAGGCUGGGAUACAUGGAUAAACAAAAUGGGAAAAAAAAUAUCAUGCUUCCUUUGCUCUCUGUAGGGAUUUUUCUUUCUUUUUCUUUUUUUUCUUGUUUUUUAUUUUUUUAUUUUUAAUUCUUUAUUUUUUGUGUUUGAGUGAACAUAAGCAUCUCAUAAUGCCACAAUAGCAUAUACAAGAUUGGUGAUGUUACAGCGUUUCACAUUUAUGACAUUUAGGUUUUAGCACAUUUUUAGGUAAAGAGUUAAUCAGGCAAUACAUACACGUCUUACGAUUGUACACAGGAAUUAAAGAAAAGCGCAUAAACAAGUUUGUACUGUGCUUGUAUAGUAUAGGUACAUGAGAAGAGUUAUGCCCUGCAUUACAUCUAGACUUAGGUAUACAUUGAGUAUUAGUGCUGUUGUGCUUUGUCUAGGGGAGCAAAGUAGAGGGCAAAAGGCAUAUCAUGCAUUUUAAAUGAUUGAGCAUAAGUGAGACAACUGCAGCCGAGGAGACUUGUUGUUUCAUGUGUCCGCGUGAGACCCGGCCGGGAGAACUAUAUAAGCGUAGGGCAUAGCUGUGUGUUGCAUCCUAGCGUGUCAGUCCCUAGGUGGCCUGAGGUGAGUAGUUGUUUCUGUUGAAGCUCAGUCCGUGUCACGCUGGUGCCGUUUGGUCAGGUGAUGGGCAUAUGAUGUUGCUGUUCGUUUUUUAUGGGUUCAUAGAACCACUCUGACUCCUACCUCGGCCAGUUGGUUCUCCUGGUUCCUUCCUCUCUUUAGCUGGGCAAAUGGAGCGGUUCUAAUUUGCAGGUGAGUUGAGUUAGGUAUUAUGCGCCGCCGCCAUCUUGGAUUAUAGGCCUUAGGCAUUCAGAACCCGCUAAAUUGCUCUGCAGCCAGCUCAGGUCCAUCACAGUGGGGACCGGGAUGACCCCCCGGUCCAGAGGGGGGAAACGAGACCAGCAAGCCCCCAAUCUUUUAGCGUGUGGCAGUGUGGUAAGGACACAGGGCAGCGCCGUCCACCCCGCUCCCUCCAAAGUAGGCCACAGCCUCUGAAGUCUCGUGCUUCCCGUGGGGGUCCGAAACGCAUGAUCUCGGGUCCGCUACCUCUCCCACAGCUAUGUGUCUAUUUUCAAGCUCCGUUCCGGUAAGAAUAGGUGCCUGCUGUGGCUUAAUGGCCCGGUUCAUCCAGAGCCCCUCCGACAUGCUACUGGUCAGCAUGGUGGCCGGGCCCUGCCCCUCUUUCUUCUGUUUUUUAAUUUACACUUUUCUUCUUUCUGAAUUUAGAUCGCAAUAAUCAACAUAGGUAAAGCGCAUGUUCAGUCACAGUGAAGGGAAGUGCUAGACACGAUGAGGGGAGAAGAAAGGAAAAUAAUACAACCCCAAAACAGGCAGACAAUUAGAAUAAUAAAACAUCAAAACUAUACAGGAUAUAAGAGGUUCUCUCUCUCUCCAAGAACAAAUGAGUAAAGUAAACAGACAAGAACUUACACUAAGAAUUAAUUAAUAGGGAUGGGGGUGUCUGGGUGGGAGGGAUUAGGAAGAUUAAUAGAAUUCCAAGGUAUAUUCAUGAUAUAUUUAUGAUAUUGAUGAUGACAUAGGAUCAAGGCCUGAAUUACAUAAACAUCACCAAAACCUAUAUAAGGCAGGAACAUGAAAAAAAAAUAUUAUUUGGAUCAUGUGAUUGUACAUGUGCUUUACACUGUUGUUUCUAAGAUGCACUAACUAGAGUUACACACCUCCUCUUACACCCUUGGUGCUAGGCUGAUGACUGCCCUGCCAGGUAGCCAGCAAAAAAACCAAAAAACAGUCCUCACUCUCACCACCUAUUUACUGCAAGAAUCUAAAAUGGCAUCACAGGAGUGGGGUUAUAUAGUGUGCACAGGUGUUUUAUGCUGGUAGUGCUGUCUGAUUGGAUGUAGUUAAAUGCAGUGAAUAACUGUGAAUCUCAUUGGUCAGGGUAAUGCCACUGGUCACUGAUCUAAUGCCUCAAGUUUGAUGACCUUGUAUGCACACCACCUACUUCCAAACAGAAAAGGUUUUAAUGGGUCAUGUCAUUAUAUUAGGUGUGGGUAGAGGGGAGUGAAUUAAUAUACUCUAAUAUUUCACAGUAUUACAUUAGCAGUUGUACUGUAAAUAUCUUUAGUUUAGAAAUAUAUGAGUUAACUCUAUGUACUAUAUGUGGGCAGUAUGAUCAAAUGCAGACAUUUUUUUUUGCAUUCUUUUGUCAUUUUCAGUACUAGCUUUUACAUUCUGUUGUCUUUUUCAGUACUAGCUAUUUAUAUAAAGCCUUUAUUUAUUUAUCAUGUAAAGGCCCACAUCUCUGGGUCAUGGACUCAGAGAUUCUCGUGUAUGGGAGAGCAGAAGGAUCCAAUGGUCACUUCCGCUCGUGUGUAGGUAAUGCGCCGGGGGUACACCCCUAGAUGCCUACAGCCCAGGCUAUUAAUGGUGAGAAUGGUGAGAUGUUCAAAAGCUCUCUCCUUGCAUGCCCCCUGCUCCCUUGGUCACCUGCCAAAGAGGGACCUGAUGUCACUGCCAUAUGUGCUUCCACCACAAUCCAGAAACGUUUGAAAAUUUCUUACAUGUUCAUGAGGAAUUGCUCAAUUCUACCAGGGGGAGUCACCUGUGCUAGCUUUAUACCAUCCUCAUUUGAAACUAGGUUGUCCACCAUGCUUGAGAGCAUGACUGUAGUUAGACACUAGCUAAAAGGCAGCUGUAACUAGGCCCUGCUUGUCAUGGUUAAAUGGUAUAGAUGGGUGAGACAAAUUACAAUGUCAGCACUGAGUAGAAGGUAAGUACGUAUAAGACAGCCUGAAACAGUUCUAUCCCUCACUGGAAUAUCCCUCAUCUGGGGGGGUAAGAGUGUAGCAUCUCUGUAUCAGGAACUAAGGAGCGGGAAGAUCGUCCGCUUCUCCCCUGCUCCAUCCGCCACUGGCCGCAACAAUAACCAAUGUAAUCCACUUUAGUGGGUGGAACAGCUCCAUGGUCAGAAAUAGCACCCCAAAUUCACCCAAGAAGCCAAGAGCUCAUGCGAUGCACUCCUGGUCUGCCUCAAGUUUAAGCUCUGUCCGCAAAGCCUUUAUUUUUCUGUUCAUGUUAUAUAAUGGUAGCUAUUAUCUUCUCUGUGUUUUGCUUUUUACUAAAAUAACCUUUAUUGUAUAUAUAAUUACCGGGGCUGCAUUUCUUCAUUAAAAUAUAUAAAUUGUAGCGUUAAUAAGAAAGAGAAGCAUGAGAAAGCGUAUCAUAAAUUAAACUCAUAUUCACAAAUGUGCUCAUAAAAUAACACUCUUGAUGUUUACCAUUAAUUAUGUUUAGGAUUAACUAAUUUAACUAUAAUCUUUGGAAUACUAUAGAAGGACUUUAUGUUUCUGACACAGUUGAGUGAUAGUAAGCAUUUUGGUUAGGCUUCUUUGUAAUUUAUGUUUACAGUAUGUACAUUGCUGCUUUAAAAAUAAACAUAUUACAUAUAUUAAUUUAAAACAUUAAUGGCAGAAAUAAAUUAAAAUCAAACGCGUUAAACUUGUAUUAAAUAAAUACAGUAAAACAAACUUCUCAGCCAUGCAGUUCUCCAUUUAUACCUCUGAGCGCCGCUGUUUGACCAAUAAGGAGAAGAAUACAAAGCUGGAGAUCCACUGAUAUUUCCAUCACUAACACACACUGCAGAUCUGCAAGAAGAAACACAGCCAUUUUUGGAUUCUCUCACAUAGUGAGCACUUUAUAUAAGGUUAUAUUUAAUUAUAUUCCCUUGAGGAAGUGAAGACAGCAGUAGAUGUUUUCUUUUUAAGUGGAUUACAGAUAACUGGAAAUCUAAAAGAAAAUUAUUCCCAGAGAUUAAAACCAAUAGAAAUGGCUGUGAUGAAACCUCAGGAUUCACAAAAACACAAAGGAAUGAAAUGGCAAGUAAUAUUUUCCUUCUUAUUUUCUUGGCUUUGUCAUACAGUAUCUGCCCAGCUUCAUUAUUCCAUUGCUGAAGAAAUUAGAAAAGACUCUGUUAUAGCGAAUAUUGCAAAAGACCUUGGAUUAGAUAUUAAGCAGCUCUCAUUUAGAAAAUUUCAUAUUGUUUCACGUGUUUCAGAGAAAUAUUUUUCUAUAAAUUUGCAAACUGGAAAUUUACAUGUUAAAGACAGGAUAGAUAGAGAGACACUGUGUGGGGUCAUAGCUCCCUGCAUUCUAACCUUUGAUGCAGUGGUUGAUAAUCCUUUAACUGUUUUCCCUGUCACCAUUGAAAUUCAGGAUAUAAAUGAUAAUUCUCCGGUAUAUUUCCAUGACAUCAUUACCUUAGAAAUUAUUGAAUUUACUUCACCAGGAACACAUUUUAUUUUACAAAAUGCAGAGGAUCCAGAUAUUGGUAUUAAUUCUGUACAAACAUAUAAGCUCAGUGAUAAUCAGCAUUUUACACUGAGUGAAAAAUCCAGAACUGAUGGCAGUAAAUUUCCAAAAAUUGUUUUAGAGAAAUCUUUAGAUCGAGAGACACAAAAUAUUCAUGAAUUAAUUUUAACAGCACUAGAUGGCGGAAAUCCCUUAAGAUCAGGCACUGCUCAUAUCAAAAUUAUUAUUAAUGAUGCAAAUGAUAAUUUUCCAAUAUUUACUGAAGAAAUCUAUAAAGUGAGUGUAAGUGAAAAUGUACCAAUUAACUUUAUGCUGCUUCAAGUUACUGCAACUGAUCAAGAUGAAGGUUCCAAUGCACAGCUCACAUAUUCACUUGGAAAAACAUCAGGGAAUGUACUUACAGCUGGGAUGUUUAAAAUGAAUGCUACAAAUGGAGAAAUAACAACAAAUCAAAAAUUAGAUUUUGAAGUUGCAAGAUAUUAUGAAAUGUCUAUACAAGCAAAGGAUGGUGGUGGGCUUGUGGCCCAUUCCAAUGUUUUAAUAGAAAUCAUAGAUGAAAAUGAUAAUGCUCCAGAGAUAUCAAUUACCUCAUUAACAUCUCCUAUUCCUGAGGAUUCAGCUCCAGGGACACGGAUAGCAUUGAUUGAAGUUCAUGAUCAAGAUUCAGGAGAAAAUGGAAAUGUUGACUGUCAAAUCAUUGGCAAUGCAAAUGCUCCCUUUCAGUUAAUAUUGUCAUCAAGUAAAUAUUACAAAAUUGUUACAACAAAUACAAUGGAUAGAGAGAAAGUAUCAUGCUAUAAUAUUACAAUUUUAGCAACUGAUAGAGGAUCUCCUCCUCUUUCUAUUACGCAAGAAAUCAGGUUGGAUAUAUCGGAUGUUAAUGACAAUCCUCCAUUAUUUACAAACACUGCACAUGUUGCAUAUGUUCCAGAAAACAAUUUACCGGGAUCCUCAAUAUACAGCAUACAGGCUUCUGAUUUAGAUUCUGGAGAGAAUGCUAAGAUUAUUUAUUCAAUUUUAAGUAUAAACACAGAAGAUAUACCCGUAUCAUCUUAUCUUUCCAUUAAUAUAGAAACUGGAGUUCUCUACGCUCAGAGAUCCUUUGAUUAUGAGCAGCACAAAGAGUUUCAACUACAAGUAACUGCGAAAGAUAAUGGAUCACCAUCUUUGAGUAGCAACACAACUUUACUUAUCCGCAUCAUAGAUCAGAACGAUAAUGCACCUAGAAUUUUGUACCCUUCUCCAGGAAGUAUUGAUUCAGCUUCCUUUGAGAUGGUCCCUUUUGCAUCCAAAGAAGGUACGCUAAUAACUAAGGUUGUUGCGGUGGAUGCUGACUCAGGACAUAAUGCUUGGCUCUCUUAUCAUUUCAUGCAAGUGUCAGAACCAUCUCCCUUCAGCAUUAGUCAGCACACAGGUGAAAUACGGACAGUGCGUGUGUUUGAACAAAAAGAUGUUUUGAAAUAUAAGGUUAUAGUUUUGGUGAAAGACAAUGGAGUCCCCUCUCUAUCAGCAACUGUAACCUUAAGUUUUAUUUUUGCAGAUUCCAUCCAACAAGUGGUUCCCAAAUUCACUAAUCAAUUAAGUGACGAGGAUUCCUCAACCAGUUUACAAAUGUAUUUGGUAAUUGCAUUGGCUCUAAUUUCAUUUUUGUUUAUUAUAAGUGUGAUGAUGGUUAUCAUAUCCAAAUGUAAAGAGUCAAAAUCUUCCCCAGCCUUUGGAUCUUUUAGUACUAAUCUGUAUUCUCAAGUGGAUCCCAAAAUGAUGUCCCAGUAUAACAAUGGAACCUUGCCUUUUCCAUACCCAUACAAUGUGUGUGUGGCUUUGGAUUCAAGUGAAAGUGAUUUUACAUUCAUCAAGCCAAAGCAAGAUGUUCCCACAGACAACCUUAUUGAUGCUAAUGACUCUGGACUUGGAAAUGAAGACCUGAAAGAAACAUCUUCGAACGGCUUUGUAAAGGUAGGUACUAGAUAAUACAGCAGUAGAGUUUGAUAUUUAAAAAUAUAUAUAAAAAUAUGUGUGAGUUCUAUAGAAGAGUACUUAGUACACUUAGUACACCAACUUAGGCCUAAUUAAUUAUCUACAUAAGUCACCAUUAAGGGCUUUGGGAUUUUUCUAUAUAAAUUAAGUUUUUCUAACAGUAGCGAAUCAUUCGGACAGCCUUUUAAAUUGAGGCCUUAAUGGGAUACUUCUCAUAUGUUUAAUAACUAUUUUUUUAAAAUUCUAACAUGAUAAGAAUAAACUGUGAUAUUAGUGUAAAUUGGUUGGUAAAAAUUGGUAUUCUCAUAGUACUUGGUCUCCAAGUAAUGUUUUUAGUGAUAUAAUUAGAUAAACAAAUACGUCAAGUACCACAAAUAACGCGAGGCCGCUGAGCUGCACAGUACACGUCCCUCAAUAUGGUGGUUGAAAAGGUGGUACCACAGGGGUUGGAGCUCAACUCUCUCAAACACGGAGGGAGGCCUUUCGCGCAGCAUUAGAUAAAAUCUGCAUUGUAUUCUAGGCCCAUAUUUUUCUUGCCUCUGCAACUGCUACAACCGACCCUCGUGGCAACAUGGAUGACUCCUCAGAAAGGGCCUUACCCCUGACAUGA